AUGCCGGAUGUUGCCUCAGCGAAGAUGAAACAUCUUUGGCCGUUGGUGGCGUGGAUUCUCCUGUCCUCGUGUCCGGUGGAUUCCAUCAAAGGAAUCGGACGUGGGUCGAGACGGGAGGUAUUCUUUCUAAAUCUUGAGGACGGAUAUUUCGGUUGUCAAGUCAACGCAUCGACAGAUAUUCUACAAUUGUUGGAACUGUCGAGACUGUGUGACGGAAAAAACGAUUGUUACCAGGGGGCUGACGAAGCCCGGGCUACACUCAAGUGCACAGAUGACUGUACAAAAGAUGAUGGCACUAAAUGCCAGAAUGGGGUGUGCCUUGACUCAGUGUGCCACUGCAAUGAUGGCUUUGGCGGGUGCAAUUGUCAAGUGCCAGAUGAAAACGAGUGUAAGUACAGGCCCUGUGAUAUUUUUGCCCACUGUACGAACACCCUCGGCGGCUUCCACUGCUCCUGUUACCCUGGCUAUAGCGGUGAUGGCUUCAGCUGCGAAGAUAUAAAUGAAUGUGAAGACCCAGCGUUGGCAGCACGAUGCGUUGAGAAUGCUGAAUGUUGUAAUUUACCGACAAAUUUUCUUUGUAAAUGUAAGCCAGGCUUUACCGGUGACGGUGAGGUACAUUGCGAGGAUGUUGACGAGUGUCAAUAUGAACGAACAUGCGGUGAUAAUGCAUAUUGUCAUAAUACUAUUGGCAAUUUUACGUGCAAUUGUCAUGAAGGAUUUACGGGUAAUCCAUACAAAAGUUGCGAAGACAUAAACGAAUGCGCGUAUGAGAACGCCUGUGGCCCGAACGCCCAUUGCAUAAAUCUCCCAGGUGCGCAUCGUUGCGAGUGUCCUGAGGGCUUUGAGGGUAGCCCAGAGGCUGGUUGCAUCGAUGUUAACGAAUGUGCAAGAAGUCCUUGUGGACGUUCUGCAUUAUGUACGAAUCUCGAGGGUAGCUUCAGGUGCUCAUGUCCUGAUGGAAUGGACGGCGAUCCCUUCGGCGGUUGCCACGACAUCAACGAGUGCGAGCUGAGCAAUCCCUGUGGGAAAGACUCCCAAUGUGUUAACAAAGAAGGCGGUUUUGAGUGUCAAUGUCUCCAGGGAUACCAGAAAGAUCCGAUUUUAGGUUGCGUUGAUGUUAACGAAUGCUCCAGAGACAAUGCCUGCGCUGCAAAUGCCAAAUGCAUAAAUAUUCCUGGGUCUUACAAGUGUAUUUGUCCUCAGGGCUUCGUCGGACAGGGGCUCAUUCACUGCGAGAAUGUUAACGAAUGUAAGAAAAAUCCGUGCGGCGAGAAUGCCGAGUGCGUGGAUACUCUGGGAAGUUUCAUAUGCAGAUGUAAACAAGAUUACACUGGAGAUCCGUUCAAUAAGUGCACUGAUAUCGACGAAUGUAAUGUGCUAGAGAAUCCCUGCGGAGUGAACGCUAUUUGCAAGAAUGCUGUGCCUGGUUACAGCUGCGAAUGUCCACCGGGAUAUUCUGGAAAUCCAAAUCCAACUGUUGCUUGUGAUCAGACUGACGUAACAACCCUCUGCAAAUCGAAUUUCGACUGCGUCAACAAUGCCGAAUGCAUCGAGGGUCAGUGUUUCUGCAAGGACGGUUUCAAGGCCAGUGGUGCUGAGUGCGUGGACCUCAACGAGUGCACAACAAAUCCCUGUGGUCCAUCAUCGGUAUGCACAAAUACCCGAGGAAGUUAUCACUGCGCCUGUGAGACCGGUUUCAUCGGUACACCGCCACAUGUACCAUGCAAAGCUCCAUGCGAUGAUGUAACAUGUGGUGAGCACGCAUACUGCAAGCCCGAUGGUCAUGAAGCCUACUGCAUCUGCGAGGAUGGCUGGACAUUUAAUCCAAAUGACAUAUCAGCUGGUUGUGUUGAUAUAAAUGAGUGCGACGCUGUAAAUGGUCCCUCAGGACGUUGUGGUAGAAAUGCAAUAUGCACUAAUACACCUGGAGGUUUUACGUGUCAGUGUAAAUCUGGCUACUCGGGCAAUGCAUUCAAGCAGUGCAUUGAUGUGGAUGAAUGUACGAGGGGAAACGCCUGUGGUCAUGGUGCUAGUUGUACCAAUACCGAGGGUGGUUACAAUUGUGCAUGUCCUGAAGGCACCAUACCAGAUCCUGAUCCAUACAUCAAGUGUGUCGGUGUUGUUACCUGUGAAUUAGAUGCUGAUUGCCCUGGUAAUGCCAUCUGUGAUCCGCAAAAGAGGUGCCUGUGUCCAGAGCCCAACGUUGGAAAUGAUUGCCGACAUCCUUGCGAAGACGUGCUUUGUGGUCCGAAUGCCCACUGCAUGCUUCUAAACGACAUUGCUACAUGCCUCUGCAGCAAUGGCUUCACAGGAAAACCCGGCAUCAAGGGUGGCUGCACAGACAUCGACGAGUGCGCUGGUAAUCCAUGCCCACCAGGUGCUAUUUGCAACAAUGAAGCAGGGGCAUUCUCUUGUCAAUGCCCGAGUGGAACGACUGGUGAUCCCUACAUCAGUGGCUGUCAAAAAUCCGAUCUACCUCAUAUAUGUGGACCGAGUACACCUUGCCCAGCUGGAGAACAGUGUAUAAAGGAUGAAUUUAUUGGCAACAGUGUUUGCAUUUGCCAGAGAGGAUACACUCGUGAUCAUGAAACUGGUAAAUGCAGAGAUAUUAAUGAGUGCAUGGAACACAGGGAUAAACCAGCGUGUGGUAUUAAUGCUAUCUGCAAGAAUUUGCCGGGAAGUUAUGAAUGCCAGUGCCCAGCUGGAUUCAACGGAAAUCCAUUUACUCUCUGUGAAGAAUGCAAUACGAUCGAAUGUCAAUGCCAACCCCCGUACAAACUGGUAGACGGCAAAUGUAUGCUAGCUGGUUGUUCAAAAGGCGAGUCCUGUCCAACCGGUGCUGAAUGUAUCACAAUAGCCGGUGGAGUUAGUUAUUGCGCCUGUCCAAAGGGCUACAGCACCCGUCCCGAUGGCUCCUGCGAGGAUAUUAACGAGUGCAUCGAAGGCCGUCAAGUCUGUGGUUACGGAGCUGAGUGUAUAAACAUCCCUGGAUCACAUCAAUGCACAUGUCCCCACGGUUACGGUGGAGAUCCAUACAGUGGAUUGUGCUCACCCGCCCAGAAACGUUGCACGAGUGAUGCCGAAUGCCGAGCCAAUGAGAAAUGCGUCCAGCCUGGAGAAUGCGUCUGUCCUCCGCCAUUCUAUACAGAUCCAUUGGAUGGAAAUCAGUGCAAAAAUCCAUGCGAUCGUUUCCCUUGUGGUAUGAAUGCCAAAUGCACCCCCAGUGAUCCACCGAAAUGCAUGUGUGAGACUGGUUACGAGGGAGAUCCUCAGCAUGGCUGUGUCGAUGUCAACGAGUGUGCUGAUAAUCCCUGUGGGCAUGGUGCAUAUUGCAUUAACAACCGAGGUGGUCACAUUUGCGAAUGUCCACGAGGUACUGUGGGCGAUCCUUACGGUGGAGGAUGCACUGGUGCCAUUCAACCACGCCAGGAGUGCUCCAGCAAUCACGAGUGCGAUAAUUAUCUGGCUUGUGUCCAAGGAAGCUGUGUCAAUCCCUGUGAUAAUGUACCAUGCGGACCCAAUGCCUAUUGUGAGCCCGAUAAACAUGCCCCUUGGUGUCGAUGUGUUGUUGGCUUCACAGAGGGAAGGAACAAUGAGUGUGUCUCACAGUGCGAUGGCUUUGUAUGUGGUGCUGGGGCCCAGUGUAUCGUCUCCUAUGACGGCCCAACGUGCAAAUGUAUCGAGGGUUUCAUGGGUAAUCCAUUUCCAGGUGGUCAGUGUGCACCUGACGUGUGUUCACAGGAUGUGCCGUGUCUUGAGCCAAGUGUUUGUAUCAGUGGUCGUUGUAAACAUCGUUGUGAGGGUGUUACUUGUGGUAUUGGUGCUACAUGUGAUCCUCAGACUAAUAAGUGUGUUUGUAAUCCUUACUUCGUUGGUAAUCCAGAUCUACUCUGCAUGCCGCCAAUUGAGCCACCAAAAUGUCUACCAGACUGCGGGGCUAAUGCACACUGUGAGUAUGAUUUUCCUGAAUUUAAAUGUAUCUGCAAUCCUGGUACCACGGGAAAUCCUUAUCAGGGUUGUGGUGCUCAGAAGAAAUCUGAGUGUACAACAUCCACUUGUGGAAUUGACGCCCAUUGCCAUGCUAGUCCUCACGCGGUUGAAUGCCUUUGUCCACCUGGUUAUGCUGGUAACCCGUAUAUUCAGUGUCAUGACAUUAAUGAGUGUAAUGGGAAUGCCUGUGGGGCCCAUGCUGUUUGUAUCAACACCAUUGGGAGCUACGAUUGUAGGUGUAAAGAGAACUUCUUUGGAAAUCCUUUCAUCGGAUGUUCCGCGGUUCAAGCUGGCCCUUGUAGCGAUCCCUCGACUUGUCAAUGUAGCAUCGAUAUCCCCUGUCCUAUGGAUUACACAUGCGUGGGUGGGAAGUGUAUUAAUAAGUGUCAUGACGUCAAAUGUGGGCCUAAAAGCGUCUGUCAGGAUGGCAAUUGCAUCUGCCCCUCUGGCUACACCGGAAAUCCUAAUGACUCUGAUGGAUGUCAUCUUAUUGGCCAUUGCUCGAACGAUUUCGAUUGCCAACCCCAGCAGAUUUGCUUCCAAAUAGGGAAGGGAGUACGAAAAUGUGUGGAUGCAUGCUCUAAGCUUCAAUGUGGACCAAAUGCUCUCUGCGUCACUCAACAUCAUGUCUCCUCUUGUCUGUGUGUUGACGGAUACUUUGGGAAUCCCAGUAAUCUCAUUGACGGAUGUAUACCGCAUCGAUCUGUCACUGUUGAACGCUGCACGCAUAACACUGACUGUCCAGUUGGUCACAUAUGUCUGCUGGACGAUGGUAUCCAUCAGUGUGUAAAUCCCUGUCGAAGUGUGGUGUGCGGGGCUCACCAGAAGUGCGUGGCUGACGCUUCAGGUCACACCUGCAAGUGUGAGGAUAGUUACGAGUGGAAUCCCCUGUCAUCCAGCUGUGAGAAGCCCUCGGUACCCGACUGCAUCCACGACUCCGACUGUCAUUCAAAAGCAGCUUGUCGACCUGAUGCUCUAGGUGUCCUCAAAUGCAUUCCAAUCUGCGAAACCUUUAACUGUGCUCCGAACGCUCAAUGUAUCGCCAGUAAUCAUCAGGGUACCUGUGAGUGUCUGGCAGGAUUCUCGGGAAAUCCAAAUGACCGGAGGGGCUGUCAGAGUUCCCGCCAGAACAGAUGUACCACGGACUCUGAAUGUUCUGAAGAUCAAGCUUGUAGAUCGUCCGGUGACACUUUGAUUUGUCUGCCAGUCUGUACCUUUGUUACUUGCGGACCAAAUGCACUUUGUGUCGUCAAUAAUCACGAAGCUCACUGCGAGUGCCCGCCAGGAUUGUACGCAGGUGACCCAAACAACUCGACAAAUGGCUGCAAGGAAGUGCCAUGUGUCUACAAUAUCGAUUGCCCACCAACACAACUCUGCAAUCGCUUGACCCACACAUGUCACAACGUCUGUAAUGAACACUCCUGUGGAACAAAUGCCGUUUGCAUCGCUGAUGAUCAUCGGGCGAUAUGUCAAUGUCCUCCUGGUUUCAAACCGAAUCCAGUAGCUGAUGUUGGCUGCGCAGCAGUGGAGGCAUGCAAUCCAAAUCCCUGUCAUCCAACUGCCGUCUGUGUCGUUGGGGCUAAGGAUUCACCUGUCUGCCAAUGUCAACCAGGACAAGUUGGCGAUCCUUACGAAGCUGGCUGUAUCCCAGAAGGAUCCUGUCGCAGCGAUAAAGAUUGCCCUGUUCACGCAAUCUGUCAGAAUCAUAGAUGUUUCAAUCCCUGUGAAAACGCUUGCGGACCAAAUUCCAUCUGUCAAAUCGUCAACGGUGAGACGAGCUGCAAAUGUAUCCACCGCUUUGUUUCGUCUGUCGAAGGCCCUCAGCAUGGCUGCGUUAGAAGUAGCACCUACUGUUCAUCAUCAGCUGAUUGUCCUGAUAGCAAUUGCCUCGAUGGACAGUGCAAAGCGGUCUGCAGAUCCAUAGAUGACUGUGCGGUUGGUGAGAAAUGCGUCAACAGUAUCUGUGUCAUUCCUUGCGUCACCCCCAGUCAAUGCCAAUCGGAUCAGACUUGUCACAAUGGAAUCUGCACCCUCGGUUGUCGCAGUAAUAAGAACUGCCCAGCCAAUCAGUCCUGCAUCAACAGCCGCUGUCAGAACCCCUGCGCGAAGGAUAACGUGUGCGGACCAAACGCCAUCUGCAGCUGCAUCGAUCACAGUACUCAAUGCUUCUGUCUGGAUGGCUUUCAGGGUAAUCCAACCCCUCAACAGGGCUGCGUCAGGGUGCCGAAUGUCUGCUCAACAGAUCAUGAAUGCCCCGCGCAACAUCAAUGCACCUCAGGCUUCUGCCAAUGCACAUGUACAUCGAAAGCCAACUGUGCACAUGGGGAAAGAUGCAAGAAUGGCUUCUGCAUCAAAGUUUGUUAUGGAAACGGUAAUUGUCUUCCUGGCGAGCAUUGCGUCGAUGGCACGUGUGAAUUAGGCUGCACGUCUGACACUGGAUGCCGAACUGAUGAAGUCUGUAUCAACGGCAAGUGUCGCUGCAGUCAUGGGUUCAUUUCCGGUGGGGAGAAGUGCAUCGAUGUUAACGAAUGCAAUGAGCAUCCCUGUCAUCCAUCAGCUGAAUGCGUCAAUCUUCAUGGGAGUUAUCGAUGUGUUUGUCCCCCUGACACGGCUGGAGAUCCCGUUGGAACUGGUUGUCUGACCCCCAAUCAGUGUAAAGAUAACAAUGACUGCAUAGAUUCCCAGGAAUGUGUUGAUCAUACUUGUAUCGAUCCAUGUUCGAUCGUUGAUUGUGGAGAAAACACCAUAUGUUCUGUAAUCGAUCAUCAAGCGGGUUGUCAAUGCCAACCAGGAUUCAUCGGAGAUGCCUCGGGCUGCUUCAAAGUCGAAUGUCUAACUGAUAAUGAUUGCCCGAGUGACAAAUACUGUAACAGAGAGAGCAAUAAGUGCUCCAGCCCCUGCAAUAGAAUCAACUGCGGCUAUGGAAAUUGCGUGGCGGUAGCCCAUAAUGCUGUAUGCAAGUGUCACCCAGGAUUCGAACUAGUCGGCGAUAUCUGCGUGGAUAUUGACGAAUGCCUUCAUCACCCCUGCCACCCGAGCGCCAUCUGUCAUAACACAGAGGGUGCGUACACAUGCACAUGCCCUCGGGGACUUGUCGGGGAUCCAGUGGACAUCGGCUGUAAAAAGCCAGGCGAUUGUUUCAGUGACUCCGACUGUCCAACAACGGCCACCUGCGUCGAUAAUACCUGCAGAAACCCGUGUGAUGUUUCCGCGCAGCAUAAGCCGUGCGGCCGCAAUGCGGAGUGUCACGUGCGGAAUCAUAUCGUUCAAUGCCGAUGUCCGGGACAGAGUAAGGGGAAUCCCAAAGUCGAAUGUGUCAAGAACGAAUGCAAUUAUCACAGCGACUGUGCGCCAUCUAACGCCUGUUUCGAUCAUAAAUGCGUGGAUCCAUGUUCAGUCCCAAAUGUCUGCGGUCACGGAGCUGAUUGUUCACCCCUGAAUCAUUCCGCUGUCUGUACAUGCCACCCAGGUGGCACUGGUGAUCCGAACCUCGGUUGCACACCUGUUCAAUACUGCAAGACUGAUAGCCAAUGCCCCACUGGGGCCUCCUGCAACGGAGGAAUCUGCACAUCUCUGUGUACAACAGUCAGAGAUUGCAUUGCCGAUCAGUUGUGUAUCAAUGGACUAUGCCGACCAACGUGUAAAUCCAAUUCCACGUGUCCGGAGUAUCAAUUCUGUCAGAAUAACAUCUGUGUUCAAGAAUUCCGGUGCAACGAAGAUCACGACUGCGGUUACGAUGAGAAAUGCAUCAAGAAUAAUUUAGGACAGGCCGAGUGCAAAUCUUCCUGCGAUCUCAUUCUCUGCGGAAGGAAUGCUCAGUGCAAGUCUGAUAAUCAUAAGGCGACGUGUGCCUGCGAUCACGGCUUCUUCGGUGAUGCUUAUGACGACAAGAUGGGAUGUCAACCGAUAGAAUGUGAGACUCAUGAUCAAUGCUCAGACGAGAAAAUUUGUGAUCAUCAUAAGUGUAGAAUCGCUUGUCUGGCGCAUAAUCCAUGCGGUGUGAAUGCGAUCUGCACAGCUCGUCAUCACGAUCAAUUGUGCACCUGUCAACCAGGCUUCACUGGAGAGCCGACUCAGGGCUGUCAUCUGAUCGAUUUCUGCGCAACAUCUCCAUGCGCUCCAGGAGCAGUUUGUACCAAUUCUCGUGGAUCGUAUAAAUGUCAUUGUCAAACCGGUACUGUUGGAGACGCUUAUAACAGUGGAUGUCAGAUUCCAGUGGAGUGCCUGGAGGACACAGACUGUCCGUUGACAGCUAAAUGCAUUGAAAUAAAUGGAAUCCCUAAAUGUGCAGACGUCUGUUCAAGAAUCAAUUGCGGUCCGAAUUCUGAAUGCACCGCAACGGAUCAUGCAGGUACUUGCAGAUGUCGUCCGGAGUACGAGGGUGAUGCCAAUGACCUUCGUAUUGGAUGCAGACCGCAACCAGUUGCCUGCUCCCACUCUCGCGAAUGUCCUGUCAACACCUAUUGCUACGAAAACGUAUGUCGACCUUCAUGUCAAUCAGAUGAAGAGUGCAAUCUGUCAGACAGAUGCCUGAACGGCCAGUGCUUGGAUCCUUGCGAUGUCAGAGCUGCCUGUGGUAUUAAUGCCGAUUGUCGGGUGAUCAGUCAUAUCAAGAGCUGCAGUUGUCCUCCGGGCUUCACAGGUAAUUCGGAGAUUGAAUGCGUGAGGUUGCCAGUCUCUUGUCAUGGCCACGAGGACUGCAGCCACGGAAACACCUGCAGGGAUAAUGUCUGCUUACCAGUCUGUUCAUCUGAUAAUGAAUGUGCAUUUAAUGAAAAGUGCGUCAGAGGUAACUGUCUCCUGACCUGCCGCCUCGAUAACGAUUGCUUCUUGGGACACAUUUGCCUGAACAACAUGUGCUCUUACGGUUGUCGGGCUGAUGAGGACUGCAAUGCCAACGAGGCAUGUUCUAGUAACAAAUGUGUCAAUCCUUGUGAAGCCACACCAUGUGGUCCAAACGCCAAGUGCACUGUCAUCAAUCAGAGAGCAUCUUGCGCAUGUCCCAAUGGAUUUAUCCCCAAUCCAUCAGCUAGAAUCGCUUGUUCCAGAUCUCCAGGGCCAUUAUGUGAAACGAAUAGAGACUGCAUAGCAGGUAUGGCUUGUGUCGCAGGCACCUGUUCACCAGUAUGCUCCUCAGAUGCCAAUUGUCUGAGCAAUGAACGCUGUGACGCUGCAGGAAUAUGUAAAUCCUUGUGUAGACAAGACGAGGAUUGCAGGAGUGGUGAAAUUUGCGAGGGUUUGGUCUGUAGUAUUGGAUGUCGAGCUGAUUUAGAAUGUCCCUUGAACCUCGCUUGCAUCAAUAACCAAUGCAUCAAUCCCUGCACUGUCCCAGACUGCUGCGGCACGAAUGCUGAUUGCAGUGUGUUCAACCACCAGAAACAAUGCAGUUGUCCUCCACCACUCCUAGGUGAUCCUCUAAUCGGUUGUCGUAGAAACUUCGUUUCAUGUUCGACUGAAGUUUCCUGUCAACGAGGCCACGUAUGCUACGGUCACGUCUGCUUUGCCGCUUGCCGAAGUGACGAAGAUUGUUUGAAUGACGAACGCUGCGAUACCGGCGUCUGCAAAUCCAUCUGCAACACCGACGAUCAUUGCUCGACAAAUCAGAUAUGUGAGAACCGUAUUUGUGAAUUGGGCUGCAGAAGCGAUCUCUCAUGCCCCAACAAUGAAGCAUGUGUCAAUAAUAGGUGUCAUAAUCCAUGUGAAGGUGGCAAAGCUUGUGGAGAAUGCGCGGGCUGCAGGGUUGUUGACCAUGACGCCCAGUGCAGCUGUCCUCCUAAUUACUAUGGCAAUGCUCUCGUCAGUUGUACGAAGUCAAUGAUUCCGUGUGAUGGCACUUGCGAAUGUGAUGAGACAGGUUUCUGCGUCAAGAGUUGUGGUACUAACGAUCAUUGCUCAUGCGGGGAGAUUUGCGAUGGGGGAAAGUGCAGGGUUAAGUGUGACUCCAAUAACUCAUGUGUCAAAGGCUAUAUUUGUGCCAAUGGUAUGUGCAUCACUGGGUGUCGUACGCAUUCUGAUUGUCCAGCAUCGUUGUCUUGCACCAAUGGACGAUGUGAAGAUCCUUGCUUAGUCGGGGGAUUCCCCUGCGGUAUCAACGCCCUCUGCAGGGUCUCUAGUCAUCGAGCAGUUUGUCUGUGCCCCGAGGGGUAUCAAGGCGAGCCCAGUCAGGAGUGCUAUCAACUAGAGUGUCACAGAAACGAGGAUUGCGAUCCCAAUAAGCAAUGCAGUGAGAACGGAGUCUGCACUAAUCCUUGUCUUCAACAUGGCGCUUGUGGGUUCAAUGCUCAGUGUCGGGUUGUUGAUCGUCAUGCCCAGUGCUCUUGCCCACCUGGACACUACGGAAAUCCAUUGGUCAACUGCAAACCAGGAGGUGAUGAGUGCCUACGAAGACCUUGCGGCAUCAAUGCCAAGUGCCGUGAGACGACCAAUGGUUUCGAGUGCACAUGUGCACCCGGAUGUUACGGCGAUCCUCAUCAAGUAUGCGUAUGCAAAGAUGAAGAUUUGUGUCGUGAUACCAGUUGCGGAGUCAAUGCUGCCUGCAGAAUUUACCGAAAACAACCUCAAUGUUAUUGCCCUCCAGAGUUUCCCUCCGGUGAUCCCCUCCAUGCUUGUAGCUCCGAUAAAAGUGCACUUGACUGUCGCACAACGGGCUGCGGAAAAGGGGCUGAAUGCAUCCGCGAUGGCCCUAUUUUUGUCUGCAGAUGUCCCCCUGGCAGCGCUGGCUCCCCCGAUUCCGAGUGUAAAAUAGAGAGAGAAUGCACGAGUGACUCGGAGUGUCCGAACGAGAAGGCCUGUAUAAACCUCCAGUGUUUGGAUCCCUGCGCACUGCGUGGUGCCUGUGGCAAGAAUGCCCUGUGCCGUGUUAUACUCCACAAACCCCGAUGUACAUGCCCGCAGUGUUACGUUGGUUCACCCCAGACCUCAUGCAGACCAGUACCAAAAUGCCAAUCACCCAAUCCACCUGAAAAAAUACCAAUAGAUUGUACAACCGACACAGACUGUCCAGAGAGUCUCUCAUGCCAUGGUAAAACUGGUGAAUGCCGUGAUCCAUGCAUAACAGCUGGCAAUUACAAUUGUGAAUCAAAUAAACGUUGUCAAGUACGUGAUCACCGUCCAAUGUGUGUUUGUAAACACGGAUUUGUGGUCAAUGACAUUGGUGAAUUGACAUGUGCCCCUGAAACAUCAUCAUGCGCACGUGAUGUUGAUUGUCCAUCGAAUGCUGCAUGCAUACACAGCAAAUGUCAAAAUCCAUGUAUCAAUGGUAGAAGUAGAAAUGGUCCAUGCACUGAUGGAAAAAUAUGCGAUGUACUUGAUCAUCGUCCUAUAUGUAUUUGCACAAAAAAUUGUAAUCCCACAUUGUCAAUUUGUCUUCGUGAUAACGGCUGCUCAACAGACAUGGCAUGCCGCAAUUAUAGAUGUAUGGAUCCGUGCAGCAUUGCCAACUGUCCCGCUGAUGCACCCUGUUACGUCGAGGAGCACAGGCCCGUCUGCAAGUUCUGUCCCCCUGGCUUCGUGCCCGAUUCUAAAUACGGAUGCAUGAAAGACGUGAAAUGCACAACGCACGACGAGUGUCCAGCACAGCUAGCCUGUAUCGACGAUCAGUGCUUGAAUCCAUGUACACUGGGCAAUCCCUGUGACUACGUUGAAGAUUGUCAUGUGCAGGAUCAUCGACCAGUCUGUGUCAAGAACGAUAAAACAGCGGGAUGCGGCUACUGUCCAUUGGGCCACGAAUGCGAUCCAAUAACCAACACUUGUAUCAAAGCCGGUUGUACGAGCGAUCGCAACUGCGCACUCACGGAGACGUGUGUGGGUCACAUAUGCCAGGAGCCCUGUCUCAUCAGGAAUCCCUGUGUCGCUCACGCUGUCUGCAUUAACACCAAUCAUGGGACUGACUGCAGUUGUGAGGAGGGAUAUCACGGAAAUGGAUUCAGCUUGUGUAAACCAGUGUUGAUUGGUGGUGACGUCUGCCAAUACAACGAAGAUUGUCCCCCCAACAAGUACUGCGACCGCUUGAACCGUCGCUGCAUAAAUCCCUGUGCAGAAGACAGUUGUGGUGAGAAUGCUGAAUGUUACGCGGAGAAUCACGUUGCCCACUGCAGAUGUCCACCAGGUACAGAAGGCAAUCCUCAGGUCGCUUGUGAAGCCAUCACCGGGCGUAAUCCAUGUGUCCCAAAUCCAUGUGGUUUCGACGCAUUAUGUGAGAUUGACAAUGGUGAUCCCAUCUGCUUCUGUCCAAAAGGUAUGACUGGUAAUCCAUUCGAACAUUGUAUUCCUGAAGGCGAUAAAUGCCAAGGAAAUCCUUGCGGUGUUAACUCUGGAUGUCGCGUUGUCAAUGGCCAAGUCAAGUGUUUCUGCUUACCGGGUUACGAAGGCAAUCCUCCUAACACACUUUGCAUAUUACCGGAGAACCCGUGCGAUCCAUCGCCCUGUGGCCCGAAUACAAGAUGUAGUAUUCGCGGGAAAGGCCUUGCCAAAUGCACCUGUCUUCCUGGAUUUAUCGAGUCUCCAAACACCAUUCGUGGUUGUGUAGAGCAAGUUAAUCCUUGCGAGCCAAAUCCAUGCGGUCAUGGAGCCAUAUGUGAUGCCAUCCGUCAACCACCGUGCUAUUGCCCUGAUAAUACCAUUGGAAAUGCUUACAAGAGUUGCACAGAAGUCGCAAUUAUCCCUCUUUGCCAACCAGGCCCCUGCGGUGCUAAUGCCGAUUGUUACAUCUCCGAAAAUCGUGAGCAAUGUUAUUGUAGAUAUGGAUUCAUUGGUGAUCCUUACGCUGGGUGUCAUCAGCCCCCAUCGAGCCCUUGCCAACCGAGUCCUUGCGGUCGAAAUGCCAUAUGUCGUAUCACAGAUUCAGGUCAAGCAAUCUGCGAGUGCGUACCAGGUACCUCUGGUGAUCCAACAAGUCCAUCUGGAUGCGAUAGUUUUGAAUGCACAAAAGACGACGAUUGUCUGCUAUCGCUAGCCUGUAUCGGACACACAUGUCAAAACCCAUGCCUCGGUGCUUGCGGUGUCAACGCGAAUUGCCGAGUUGAGUUGCAUCACCCAGUCUGCUUUUGUCGUGAGGGUCUCUUCGGGAACCCCAUGUACAGGUGCUGUGAACCGAUGGAUCCAACACCACCGCAGACACCCUGCUAUCCAAAUCCCUGCGGGCAGAAUACAUUCUGUCGUGUUAUGCAAGAUCGAGCUGUUUGUUCGUGUUUGCCCGACUUUUUGGGUGAUCCUCAGACAGGAUGUCUUCCAGAAUGUACCAUCAACUCUGACUGUCCGAAUGACAAAGCCUGUAUCAACAUGAAAUGCACUAGUCCAUGCGCUUUGGGAAAUGUCUGUGGGGUCAAUGCAGAGUGCCGAGUGUCUUAUCAUACAGCAACUUGCGUUUGCCACAGGAACUACUUCGGUAAUCCCUUUAUCAUGUGUUCGAGAAAGCCAACCAUUACGAUACCUCCUCAGUCCAAUAUAACACUGCCUUGUCAACCUUCUCCAUGCGGACAAUACGACUACUGCGAGACAUACAAUGACAAAGUGGCAAUGUGCGGUGGUUGUGAUACUUAUAAUGCUGGAUGUAGACCUGAGUGCCUUAGCAAUAGCGAUUGUCCCUUCGAUCACGCCUGCAUUGGAUGGAAAUGCGCUGAUCCUUGUCUAGGGUCUUGCGGAAUCAACGCCAAUUGCGAAGUCAUCUGGCACGAGCCUGUGUGCACAUGCCCAAUUGGACUCUUUGGAAAUCCAUAUCAAGGCUGUAUCCCUGAAGACGAUCACCGAGAUGCUUGCAGUGUAUCACAAUGUGGUGCCAAUGCUGUCUGCAGAGAGAAGCAAGGAGCGAUCACUUGUGAAUGUCUUGAAGGCUUUCUGGGGAAUCCAUUCAUCGCCUGUCAUCUCGAAUGUCUACAAAAUUCUGAUUGCGCUCUGAAUACUGCCUGCGUGAAUCACAAAUGUAUAGAUCCGUGUGCUGGAGCAUGUGGCAGCGGUGCUCUGUGUGACAGCGUUAAUCAUAAUCCUGUUUGCUACUGCCCAGAGAGCAUGUCUGGAGAUCCAUUCAUUCAUUGUUAUCCACAUACAGGAGUUAUUCCGAGACCAUCAAACCCUUGUGAUCCAUCCCCUUGCGGUCCUUACAGUAGAUGCCUCGUCUCGCAAAACGGUUAUGCAUCUUGCUCAUGUCAGCCUGAGUAUCGAGGAAGCCCACCGUUCUGUAGUCCAGAGUGCAUCGUGAGCUCUGAUUGCCUCCAGAUACAAGCCUGCAUAAAUAACAAGUGUGUCAACCCAUGCAAUGGAAUUUGCGGACACAAUGCGCUGUGUGUAGUCAUAAAUCAUAAUCCAGUAUGCAGUUGUCCAGCUAAUUACGAAGGAAACCCCUUCACUGAAUGCGCCCCAUUGGCAAAGGAGGACCCUCAGCCGGUGUCACCAUGUCAUCCGUCACCAUGCGGGCCGAAUUCCCUUUGUCAGAUAAAGAUGGGAAGACCCGUUUGUUCGUGUCAAAGUACAUUCAUCGGAAGUCCUCCGAAUUGUCGUCCGGAAUGUCUCAUCAGUCAGGAAUGUUCCAUCAAUGAAGCAUGCAUUGCUAAUAAAUGCAUUCAGCCGUGUCCUCACAGUUGUGGACCUAACUCUGAGUGUAUGGUUAUCAAUCACACACCAUACUGCUCUUGCAAACUUGGUUUUGAGGGCGAUGCAUUCGUCGGAUGUACCAGAGUGAUUGAACAGCCACCUGAACCUGAAGAUCCCUGCUCUCCAUCACCUUGUGGCAAUAAUGCUCUAUGUAAUGUUGUAAAGGGAGCUGCCAAGUGCUCCUGCAUACCCCCGUACAUUGGUAAUCCUUAUGCUGGAGGGUGUAGACCCGAAUGCAUGAUCAACUCCGAUUGCGAUAAUCACCUGGCAUGUCUCAAUCAACACUGCAGGGACCCAUGUCCUGGAAUCUGUGGAUUCAAUGCUCAGUGUGAGGUGUCCAAUCACAUUCCAACUUGCUCAUGCUUGCGGGGAUUCUCUGGAGAUCCAUUCGUAAGUUGUAAAAUUGAGAAGACUCCUGGGCCACCGCAGAAUCCUUGUGCUCCAUCGCCAUGUGGACCAUAUAGUAUCUGUCGGGUAGUGAAUGAACGAGCUGUCUGCUCAUGCAGCCCAGGAUACCACGGACAGCCGCCGUCCUGCCGUCCAGAAUGUCUCGUAAGUUCUGAAUGUGCACCCCAUCUUGCUUGUAUCGGUCAGAAAUGCAGUGAUCCUUGUCAGGACAUCUGUGGCUUGAACGCCCUCUGUCAAGUCACUAAUCACAAUCCCAUAUGCAGUUGUCCUGACAAUUACGAGGGUGAUCCCUUCGUCCAUUGUGCUGAAGCGCCUAAAGUAGAACCUACGAAUCCAUGUGUUCCUUCCCCCUGUGGACCAAAUUCUCAAUGUCGUGUUCAGAAAGAUCGUCCCGUGUGUUCUUGCUCGACUGGUAUGUUCGGGGCACCACCAAACUGCCGACCAGAGUGUCUCAUCAAUCAAGACUGCCCGAAUUACCUCGCUUGUGUUCAAAACUCCUGUUCAGAUCCCUGCAUCGGUUCUUGUGGCAUAAAUGCCAAUUGUAUUACGAGAAAUCAUCGUCCGAUUUGUCAAUGUCAGGAUGGAUACGAAGGUGAUCCUUUUUCAGCGUGCAAUCUUAAACCCAUGCCUCCUGUAGAACCGCCGAGUGAGCCCUGCAAUCCAUCACCAUGUGGCUCGAAUGCCAUUUGUAACGAGAGAAAUGGAGCUGGAUCUUGCACAUGCCUGCCAGAUUACUUCGGUGAUCCUUACCAAGGCUGCCGACCAGAAUGUGUUCAAAAUUCUGACUGCCCUCAUUCUAGAGCAUGUAUUAAUAAUAAGUGCAAGGACCCCUGCCAAGGGGCCUGCGGACUGAAUGCCCAAUGCCAAGUGUUCAAUCAUCAGCCAUCAUGCAGUUGUUUCGACGGUUACACAGGAAAUCCAUUGACUACGUGUUAUAUUCGUCAGGAUCAGCCCCAGCCAGCUCCAGGUGACCCAUGUGAACCCUCGCCCUGUGGUCCUUAUAGCAACUGUCGAGUCAUUGAUUUCCAUGCUGUUUGCUCUUGCCAACAAAACUACAUCGGUAGUCCACCAACCUGUAGACCUGAAUGCGUCAUCAGCGCUGAUUGUCCACAGAAUAAAGCCUGUAUCAGCCAGAAAUGUGAAGAUCCAUGUUCUGGUACUUGCGGUAUUAAUGCCAAUUGUCAAGUCAUAAAUCACAAUCCUGUAUGCAGUUGUGUAUCUGGCUACACUGGGGAUCCAUUUUCCGGCUGUCUUGAAGAACGGCAAGUGCCAAUGCCACGACCAAAUAAUGAUGAUAACCCGUGUGUGCCGUCUCCAUGCGGACCCAAUUCUCAAUGCCGUGUUAUUGAUGGCUUUCCUGCCUGCUCUUGCUUGCCAAAUUACAUCGGACGCACUCCAAACUGCCGACCGGAAUGUGUUAUCAAUGAAGAAUGCCCCGGUAAUCUUGCCUGCCAGAACGAACAGUGCACAGACCCGUGUCCGAAUUCCUGCGGAGUCAACACCUUCUGUAAUGUCAUCAAACACAAUCCCAUCUGCAAUUGUAAUCCAGGGUACACAGGCAAUCCAUUCGUAGAAUGUAGACUGCAACCAUAUGAACCUACGACAACUGAAGCUCCAAGAACACCCUGCAGCCCAUCACCAUGUGGAGCUAAUGCUGUUUGUAAUGAGAGAAACGGCGCGGGAUCAUGCACAUGCUUGCCCGAAUACUUUGGAGACCCCUACAUCGGCUGCAGACCCGAAUGUGUCACGAACAGUGAAUGCGGAAGGACUAAAGCCUGUUUGAACAACAAAUGCAUCAAUCCAUGCGCCGGUGUUUGCGGGCCAAAUGCAUCUUGUCGUGUUGUCAAUCACGCGCCAUCAUGCACAUGUGCAGCUGGAUAUACAGGUGAUCCCACAACGGCUUGUGAAGUAAUUCCACCAGCAACCAAAUCUCCAAUAAUAGAUCCUUGUCAACCAUCACCGUGUGGAGCAAACAGCAAUUGUCGAGUUCUGAAUGAUCAUGCUGUCUGCUCUUGUAAGACUGGAUUCAUUGGCACUCCACCUACGUGCAGACCCCAAUGCACAAUCAGUUCAGAAUGUUCGAGGAGCAAAUCAUGUGUCAACAAUAAAUGUGUGAAUCCGUGUCAAUCAGCUUGCGGGGAGAACACCAAGUGUCUAGUGGUAAAUCACAGUCCGAUCUGCACAUGUGCUGCUGGUUACACUGGAGAUCCAUUCAGUUACUGCUCCAAGAGCGAAGUCACACCGUCAGAACCAAGAGAACCUGUGGAUCCUUGUUCACCGAAUCCCUGCGGUCAAAAUUCCCAGUGCCGGGUCAUCGGAUCUCAGCCAGCCUGUUCUUGCUCACCAGAAUACAUCGGACGGCCACCGAACUGCCGACCCGAGUGUACAAAUAAUUCUGAAUGCCCGACGAAUGUCGCUUGCAUCAAUCAACGCUGUAAGAAUCCAUGUCAAGGGGCUUGUGGUGAAUUAGCAAGAUGUUCGGUUCUGAAUCACCUGCCAGUGUGUUCAUGUCCAGAUGCUUUCACAGGCGAUCCAAGCAUUCAAUGUUCUCCGCACAUACCUUCAGAAGAUCAGAAUCCAUGUUCACCGAAUCCCUGUGGACCUAAUGCUCAGUGUCGAGAGCGAAAUGGUGCGGGGGCUUGUGCUUGUCCACAGGAGUUUAUUGGUGAUCCUUAUGAUACUGCGAGGGGAUGCUACCGUGAAUGCGAGGUGAACGAUGAUUGUGCACCUCACUUAGCUUGUGUCGGAUUCAAAUGCACAGAUCCUUGUCCUGGAACUUGCGCAACACUUGCUGUCUGUAAUGUUGACAAUCACGUGCCGAGGUGUUCGUGCCCACCAGGUUACACUGGAGAUCCAUUCUUCUCCUGUAAUUUAGAACCGAAGGAGAUACCUGUACCUGAAGACCCAUGCUCACCUUCCCCCUGCGGUCCAAACAGCAAAUGCAGGACUGUCAAUGGUCAAGCCGUCUGCACUUGUCUACCCGACUACAGUGGUAUACCUCCCAAUUGUCGACCCGAGUGCAUUGUCUCCGCCGAAUGUCCGAAUCAUCUCGCAUGUAUCAACAAAAAAUGCCAAGAUCCCUGUCCAAAUACUUGUGGAGUUCGAGCUCAAUGCAGUGUCAAGAAUCACAGCCCCAUAUGUACGUGUCCUAUUGGAUUCACUGGGGAUCCGUUCUCAGCAUGUUCACCUCAAGAAGAACCCAUGACAACGACAGAACGACCGCCCUCUUGUGAACCCUCACCAUGUGGCCCGAAUUCCCAAUGUCAGAUGGUUUUUGGAACACCAGCUUGUUCCUGUCAACCCAAUUACAUCGGAGUACCACCCAACUGCAGACCUGAAUGCACCCUAAGCUCGGAGUGCCCGAGUCAUCUUGCUUGUGUGAAUCAACGUUGUCAAGAUCCAUGCACAGGAUCUUGUGGAUUUAACGCUUUAUGUCAUGUGUUGAAUCAUAUUCCCGUCUGUACAUGUAUGGAAGGCUUCACUGGUGAUCCAUUUGCGGAGUGUUCUCUCGUGCCAGCAUCGACGGAACCUCCACGUCCCAAAGACUUGUGCAAUCCUUCACCUUGUGGUCCCAAUGCUAUUUGCCGCGCAGGAGAUUGCGAAUGCUCACCGGAAUAUCUCGGUAAUCCAUUCGAAGGUUGCAGACCCGAAUGUGUCCUCAAUUCCGAGUGCCCGAGGGAUAAAUCUUGCUUGCGGAAUAAAUGUCAAGACCCCUGCCCCGGAAGAUGUGGUCAGAACGCUGAAUGUGAUGUUGUUAAUCACAUUCCUGUCUGCUCAUGUCUGCAAGGAUUCGUUGGAGAUCCUUUCGUCAGCUGCAAACUUCAGCCCAUACGACCAGACGACAAACGUGAUCCUUGCAAUCCAUCACCCUGUGGAUCCAACUCCCAGUGUCGAGAUGUUGACAGUCGUGCUGUGUGCUCUUGUUUACCAGGAUAUCUAGGCGCACCGCCCACAUGUCGUCUUGAGUGCAUCGUCAGUUCUGAAUGUGCUCCGACUCGUGCGUGUGUUAACAACAAGUGCACAGAUCCCUGUCUGGGUUCGUGUGGACUCAAUGCUCGCUGUGAAGUCAUCAAUCACUCUCCGAUCUGCAGCUGUUCACCAGGUCAAACUGGUGAUCCUUUCAGGAACUGCUAUGAUAUACCGCUAUUACCAGGUCCCAAGGAGAACGAAAAUCCUUGCGAUUCACGACCAUGCGGACCAAAUGCAUUGUGUCAAGACAAUAAUGGCGUGCCAGCUUGUUCAUGUCUUCCAAAUUACAUUGGAGCUCCGCCAUCUUGUCGGCCCGAGUGCGUCAUCAAUCCCGAUUGUCCAUCAAACAAAGCUUGCGUCAAUUCUAAAUGCGUUGAUCCCUGUCCAGGUAGUUGCGGAGAUUUCGCUGAAUGCCGAGUCAUCAAUCACGCAGUCACUUGCACCUGCAUUAGUGGAUUCACAGGGAAUCCGUUUGUUCAAUGUGUUACUGAGAAACAAGAGUCAAUCAAUCCAUGUGAGCCAUCACCAUGUGGACCUAAUGCCAUCUGUCAGCAACGAGAUAAUGCAGGAGCUUGUGUUUGCAUAGAGGAUUAUCACGGGAAUCCGUAUGAAGGCUGCCAGCCAGAGUGUAUUUUGAGUUCUGAUUGCCCAACGAAUAGGGCCUGCAUCAGAAAUAAAUGCGGUGAUCCCUGCCCAGGCAUCUGCGGCACCAACGCCCAGUGUUCUGUAGUCAAUCACAUCCCCACGUGCACCUGUAUGCCAGGUUUCGUCGGCAAUCCUUUCACCUCAUGUAGAGUUGAAGAACCAUUACCACCAACUCCAUCUCAAGAUCCUUGCAACCCAUCACCAUGUGGUCCUAAUAGUCUUUGUCGUGCCAUAAAUGAUCAGGCCGUUUGUACCUGUCAACCCAAUUAUCAGGGAACACCACCGAAUUGUCGUCCAGAAUGCGUUGUCAAUUCUGAAUGUCCACAGAAUCGUGCUUGUCAUAAAUACAAAUGUACUGACCCAUGUCCUGGCACAUGCGGCAUGGGCGCCGAUUGUCGUGUCAUUAAUCACAAUCCGCUGUGUAGCUGCCGAUCAGGCACCACUGGAGAUCCCUUCACCCGUUGUCACGAACAAGAUUACGAACCUCCAACUCCAAGACCCAGUGACCCAUGUCUCCCCAAUCCCUGCGGACUCAAUGCUGAAUGCCGACCAAUUGGAGAUCAAAUAGCCUGUUCGUGUCUGAAGAAUUAUGUUGGAUCCCCACCAAACUGCCGACCUGAAUGUGUCGUUAAUACUGACUGUCCAUCUAAUCAAGCUUGUAUAUCGGAAAAAUGUCGUGACCCAUGUAUUGGAUCCUGUGGUCAGGACGCUGAAUGCAGUGUCCAGAACCACAUCCCAACGUGCCUGUGCCGUCAAGGCUUUACGGGUGACCCAUUCUCACUUUGCACAAGAGUAGUUGAACAGCCACGAGUACCUGAAGACCCAUGCAAUCCAUCACCCUGCGGUGCCAAUGCCCGUUGCGAUGCUGGGCAAUGUACCUGCCUACCGGAAUACAUCGGUGAUCCCUACUCAUCCUGCAGACCCGAGUGUACUAUUAACUCUGAAUGUUCACGUACUAAAACUUGUAUAAAUCAACGAUGUGUUGAUCCUUGUAUAGGAACAUGUGGUACUGAUGCACGUUGCGAUGUCAUCAAUCACAUUCCAACGUGCAGCUGUCCACCGGGAACAACUGGCAAUGCAUUCUCAGCAUGUCGACCAAUAACUCCGAUUGUUACACCGACACAGCCAUGUUCACCAUCACCAUGUGGACCAAAUAGUUUGUGUAGAGUUGUUGAUAAUCACGCUGUGUGCUCUUGUCAAGCUGGUUUCAUUGGAAGUCCCCCGGGCUGCAGACCAGAGUGCGUUGUCAGUGCAGAAUGUGGUUUGACUCAAGCUUGUUUGAACAACAAGUGUCAAGAUCCGUGUCCAGGGACAUGUGGACAGAAUGCCAAAUGUCAGGUUGUCAAUCAUAAUCCAAUCUGCAGCUGCUUGGAGAACUUCACGGGCGACCCCUUCACUAGAUGCUAUCUUCGAAGAGGUAAAUACCGUUGUUCUACAGAUAAUUCCCUUCCACCGCCUGUGAAUCCGUGCUUGCCAUCCCCAUGCGGUCCGAAUUCCGAAUGUAACGUGCGCGGCGAGAGUCCCGCGUGCUCUUGUUCACAAAAUUAUAUCGGUUCACCGCCUAAUUGUCGUCCCGAAUGUACAAUAAAUCCGGAGUGCGCGUCACAUCUCGCUUGUAUACAACAAAAGUGUCGCGAUCCGUGUGCGGGUCUGUGCGGUAUAGGUGCACGUUGUACGGUAGUGAAUCAUCAUGCUGUAUGUUCCUGCUCAGAAGGCUUCACUGGUGAUCCAUUCAGCAACUGUAUUCCGGCGCCGAAGGCGCCCGAAAUAAGGAACCCCUGUUCACCAUCACCAUGUGGUCCCAAUGCAAUAUGUCGUGAAUCCAAUGGAGCUGGAUCAUGCUCCUGUCCACCGGAUUAUAUAGGAGAUCCCUAUGAAGCCUGCAGACCUGAGUGCCUUCAGAAUUCCGAUUGUCUCCCCCACCUGGCCUGUUCCAAUUCUAAAUGUAAGGAUCCCUGCCCAGGUGCUUGUGGACUUAAUGCCCAGUGUGCUGUCAUCAAUCACCUGCCAUCUUGUAGUUGCAAUCCAGGAUUUACCGGAGAUGCAUUCAGAAACUGUGUCCUCUUUUCUCCUGUGGAAUCUGAACCUUGCUCACCAUCACCCUGUGGACCCAACAGCCAAUGUAGAAAUGUUGACGGCCACGUAGUCUGCUCCUGCCUACCUGAUUAUAUCGGAAACCCACCCAAUUGCCGACCAGAAUGUGUUUCCAACAGUCAAUGCCUGCAAAACCUAGCCUGUAUGUCUCUCAAAUGUACCUCACCGUGUCCACAACCAUGUGGAAUUAAUACCCAGUGUCGAGUACUCAAUCACAGUCCAAUUUGCACCUGUAAUCCUGGUUUCACUGGGGAUCCUUUCACGAGAUGUUUCGAUAUACCUUUUGUCCCACAACGAGAUCCAGUGGUGCCUCAAGAUCCCUGUGUACCAAACCCUUGUGGAUUGUACUCGGAAUGUCGCAAUGUUGGUGGAUACCCGUCUUGCUCUUGCCGCAUUAACUACCAAGGAUCACCACCCAAUUGUAGACCAGAGUGUCGUAUCAAUUCCGACUGCCCAAUGAAUCUCGCCUGCUAUAACGAAAGAUGCCGUGAUCCUUGUCAAGGCUCUUGCGGUAUUUCUGCCCUUUGUACUGUCCACAAUCAUAUUUCAUCGUGUAAUUGUCCAGACGGGUACUCUGGAGAUCCCUUCAGCAUAUGUAAUCUUGUACCAACGACCCUUCCACCACAAAAUACAGAUCUGUGUAAUCCUUCUCCAUGUGGAGCAAAUGCCCAAUGCCGUGACGGUAUCUGUACAUGUCUACCGGAAUACAAUGGUGAUCCCUAUUCCGGAUGUCGACCCGAGUGUGUCACCAACUCUGAUUGCCCACAGAAUCGUGCCUGCUCGAGAAAUAAAUGCAUUGAUCCAUGCCCCAAUACCUGUGGACGCAGUGCAAUCUGUAAUGUGUACAAUCACAUUCCUAUGUGCAGUUGUCCCGUUGGUAUGAGUGGAAAUGCAUUUGUUGCUUGUGAUUUUGUGAGAGAACCUGUGAAUACAGACCCUUGCAACCCUUCACCUUGUGGUCCAAACAGUCGUUGUCGUCCAGUGAAUGAUCAAGCCGUGUGUACCUGUGUCCCUGGCUUCCUUGGAAGUCCGCCGACUUGCCGGCCCGAAUGCGCGAUUGCUUCAGAAUGUCCUUUGAACCAGGCAUGCAGCAAUCAGAAAUGCAUUGACCCUUGUUUGGGGACUUGUGGGUUCAGAGCCACCUGUCAAGUUAUCAAUCACAAUCCAAUAUGUAGUUGCCCAUCAGGAAUGAUAGGAGAUCCCUUCACAGCAUGUCAAGAACAACGUAAGAUCCCUUCAACACCUGAAAACCCCUGCCAACCGUCCCCCUGUGGUCCUAACGCCCAAUGCCAAGUAUUCAACGACUCUCCAUCCUGCUCUUGCCUACCCGAAUUCACUGGAUCUCCACCGAACUGUCGCCCUGAGUGCAUUAGCAAUAGUGAAUGUUCCAAUUCUUUAGCCUGUAUCAAUCAGAAGUGUAAAGAUCCUUGUGUUGGAUCUUGUGCUAUUAACGCGGAGUGUCGUGUUGUGAGUCACACGCCCAAUUGUGUUUGUCCGAGUGGGUUCUCUGGUGAUCCUUUCACCCAGUGCUUUGAGCAAAAACCUCUCGAUAUGACACCCGUAUCACCAUGUAAUCCAUCUCCCUGUGGAGCCAAUGCAAUCUGCAAAGAGCAGAAUUCUGCUGGCUCUUGUGUAUGCCUUCCAGAUUACAUAGGAAAUCCUUAUGAAGGCUGCAGACCCGAGUGUGUUAUGAAUUCAGAUUGUCCUUCCAACCUCGCUUGCAUUCGUUCCAAGUGUCAGGACCCUUGUCCGGGCACUUGCGCUCAGAAUGCUGAAUGCCAAGUGAUCAAUCAUUUACCAAGUUGUACUUGCUCGAGCGGUUACACUGGGGAUCCCUUCCGUUUCUGCAACUUCAAGGAAGCUGAUGGUAACUUUUUUCCCCUAGACCAAAUAGCAAAAUCGAAAAUAGACAUGUCAUCUGAUGAAUCUUCCGCAGAAACUCCACGUGACCUCUGUCAGCCUUCUCCUUGCGGACCAAAUAGCCAAUGCCGUGUCAUAAAUGAACAAGCCGUGUGUUCCUGUCAGCCCCAGUAUAUUGGAAGUCCACCAGCAUGUCGUCCUGAAUGUACAGUUAGCUCUGAAUGCCCAUUGGAUCAAGCAUGUGUCAAUCAGAAAUGCAUCAAUCCCUGUCCCGGAUCAUGUGGAAUCAAUACUGAAUGCAAAGUCAUCAAUCACAGUCCCAUUUGCAGCUGUGGACCAUCGUUCACUGGAAAUCCAUUUACCCGAUGUUACCCUGAGCCAAAGCCUAUGCCAUUACCACCAUCGAACCCUUGUGUGCCCUCACCCUGCGGCCCCAACGCCCAAUGUCGAGAUAUCGGUGGAACUCCAUCGUGCUCUUGCUUACCAAAUUUCAACGGAAGCCCGCCAAAUUGUCGUCCUGAAUGUACCAUACAGUCAGACUGCGCCAGUAAUCAGGCCUGUAUAAAUCAAAAGUGUAGGGACCCUUGUCCAGGAUCCUGUGGCCUAUUCGCAGAAUGCACUGUCAUCAAUCAUACCCCAGUGUGCAGCUGUCUCGAUGGAUAUACCGGCGAUGCAUUCACUAAUUGUGUCCCUCGGCCCUUACCACCGAGUGAUGACAUCGCGAGGGAUCCUUGUAAUCCUUCCCCAUGUGGAUCCAAUGCCCAAUGUAGAAAUGGUCAAUGCUCCUGUCUACCCGAGUAUCAAGGUGAUCCAUACACUGGUUGUCGACCAGAAUGCGUUUUGAAUUCAGAUUGCCUGAUGGAUCGUGCUUGUAUGAGGAACAAAUGUGUUGAUCCCUGUCCGGGUAUCUGUGGUCAGAAUGCUGUCUGCAAUGUUUUCAAUCAUAUUCCAAUGUGCAGUUGUCCGGUGGGAAUGUCUGGCAAUGCAUUUGUAACUUGUACACCAGCUAGAGUUGACAACAAAUCAUCCUGUACCCCAUCGCCCUGUGGACCGAACAGUCGUUGUAGAGAGAGCAAUGGCCAAGCAGUUUGCUCCUGUGUCCAAGGUUACUUAGGUGCACCCCCAACAUGCAGACCCGAGUGUACAAUAAACUCUGAUUGUUCGCGUAGUGAAGCUUGCACAAACCAGAAAUGUAUCAAUCCGUGUUUAGGCAGUUGUGGCUUUGCAGCCAACUGUCAAGUCAUUAACCAUAAUCCUAUAUGUAGUUGUCCGUCAGGAAUGACUGGAGAUCCGUUCGCUGUGUGUCGAGAUGCACUUCCCCAGAAUCCUUGCCAACCGUCUCCAUGUGGACCAAACGCCCAAUGCCAAGUAUUCAACGAUUCACCAUCUUGUUCUUGUCUACCUCAGUUUAUCGGAAGUCCACCAAACUGUCGCCCCGAGUGCAGCAGUAACAGUGAAUGUUCUAGUCAUUUAGCUUGUAUUAAUAGUAAAUGUAGGGACCCCUGUGUUGGCUCCUGUGCAGUAAACGCCGAAUGUCGUGUGGUCAGUCAUACCGCGAUGUGUAUGUGUCCUAGUGGGUUUACCGGAGAUCCCUUCACCCAGUGCAUGUCAGCACCUUAUCUACCCUCUACACCGACGAAUCCCUGUACACCUUCACCCUGUGGUGCCAACGCUGUCUGCAAAGAUCGGAAUGGCGCUGGUUCUUGUAGCUGUCGUCCGGAAUAUAUCGGAAAUCCUUAUGAAGGUUGUAGACCCGAAUGUAUCAUGAGUUCGGACUGUGCACCCCACCUUGCCUGCAUAAAUUCCAAAUGCAGAGAUCCCUGUCUUGGAACUUGCGCUCCGAAUGCCCAAUGUCAAGUGAUAAAUCACUCGCCAUCGUGUAGUUGUAUGAAUGGAUACACUGGAGAUCCCUUCCGAUACUGUUCAGUUGUUCAGACGGCAGAACCAACGGUAACCGAACCGUGUUCACCAACACCUUGUGGACCGAACAGCCAAUGCCGUGUGGUAAAUGAACAAGCCGUUUGUUCAUGCCUUCAAGAAUACAUUGGAACUCCACCAGCAUGUCGUCCGGAAUGCACUAGCAGCUCCGAAUGCGCCCAAAAUCUCGCAUGUGUCAACAGAAAAUGUGUGAAUCCCUGCCCAACACCUUGCGGAAGAAACACUGAAUGUGUAGUUCGGAAUCACAACCCCAUCUGCUCUUGCAGGAAUGGAUUCACUGGAAAUCCCUUCACUAUGUGUACCGCAAUGAUACGUGAGUUGAUUGAUACGAAAGCCGCACCCCAGGUCCCGCAAAAUCCUUGUUUGCCCUCUCCAUGCGGGCCCAACUCUGAUUGUCGUGAGAUUGGAGGAUUACCAUCAUGUUCAUGCUCUCAAAACUUCCUAGGAAGUCCACCCAAUUGUCGGCCAGAAUGUACCAUCAAUUCUGAUUGCCCUAGUAACAAUGCCUGCAUGAAUUCCAAAUGCAGAGAUCCUUGUCCGGGGUCCUGUGGAGUUCAAGCGCAGUGUGCAGUUGUGAAUCACACCCCAAUUUGUUCUUGUUUCGAAGGUUACACUGGUGAUCCCUUCACCAGUUGUUUCCCGAAGUCACCAGCCCCAUCUGUACCAGUGCCAAAAGAUCCUUGCAAUCCAUCGCCAUGUGGAUCUAAUACUCAAUGCAGAGAUGGAAUCUGCACUUGUCUACCAGAAUAUACUGGAGAUCCAUUGACUGGAUGUCGACCAGAAUGUGUUUUGAACACAGAUUGCCAGCAAGCGCAAGCUUGCAUGCGAAAUAAAUGUAGAGAUCCUUGUCCAGGCACAUGUGCCCAAAACGCCCUCUGCAAUGUCUACAACCACAUCCCAAUGUGUUCUUGCCCCGCAGGAACGUCUGGAAACGCUUUCUUCUCUUGUCAGAUCAUUAGAGAACCUACAGUGGAAACCCCUUGUGACCCAUCGCCAUGCGGUCCCAAUUCCCGUUGCCGUGAAGUGAACGGGCAAGCUGUUUGCACCUGUGUUCCUGGAUUUCUUGGAAAUCCACCGACGUGUCGACCCGAAUGUAUCGUCAGCACUGAUUGUCCACCCACUGAAACUUGCUACAAUCAGAAAUGUCGGGAUCCUUGCCCUGGGAUAUGUGGCAUUGGAGCUAGCUGUCAAGUUAUCAAUCAUAAUCCCAUUUGCAGUUGUCCACCGAUCUUCACUGGUGAUCCUUUCCUUCGAUGCAUCAAAAUCUCUGAAGCACCAGCAGCACCAACUGACCCUUGCCAUCCAUCCCCCUGCGGUCCAAACACCCAAUGUCAAGUGACCAACGACUCCCCAUCGUGCUCUUGCAAUCCAGAAUUUGUCGGUUCUCCACCAAACUGUCGGCCCGAGUGCACCAGCAAUGGAGAAUGUACGUCGCAUCAAGCUUGUAUCAAUCAGAAGUGUAAGGACCCUUGUCCUGGGGCAUGUGGGGCGAACGCAGAGUGUAGAGUUGUCGGUCAUACCCCGAUGUGCGCCUGUUUCGUUGGUUUUACGGGUGAUCCGUUCACUCAAUGCUCCCCUCAACAAUAUACCCCAGCCGAGAAACCUCAGCCUUGUGUCCCCUCCCCUUGCGGGGCGAAUGCCGUAUGUAAAGAACGAAAUAACGCCGGCUCCUGUUCUUGUUUAACCGACUACUUUGGGAAUCCAUACGAAGGUUGUCGACCUGAGUGUUCAGUUCAUUCUGACUGCGUACCAAAUAAAGCCUGUGUCAGGUCAAAAUGCGUGGAUCCUUGUCCAGGAACUUGUGCAAAGAAUGCCAUCUGUCAAGUUAUAAAUCAUGCCCCAAUAUGCACAUGCAUUAUGACAUAUUCGGGAGAUCCAUAUCGUUACUGUUCAAGAAUACCUGAUGCUGAUGUUUCCCAGCCCACCGACCCAUGCAGACCCUCGCCAUGCGGUCCCAAUAGCGCUUGCAGACCUGUCAACGGCCAACCCGUCUGUUCAUGUCAGCUGAAUUACAUCGGCAGUCCCCCAGGAUGCCGUCCGGAGUGUGUUGUUAGCUCAGAAUGCUCGACAAAUCGUGCAUGUAUCAAUCAGAAAUGUGUGGAUCCCUGCCCAAAUCAUUGUGGAAACAAUGCCGAUUGUAGGGUGAUCAAUCACAGCCCGAUAUGCAGCUGCCGGCAGGAAUUCACUGGAGAUGCAUUUGUGGCAUGCUUCCCUAUACCACGACCACCACCAUCACCACCAGUCCCGCAAAACCCUUGUGUUCCCACCCCUUGCGGUCCAUUCUCCCAAUGUCGAGAUGUGAAUGGAAAUCCAUCAUGCACCUGUGAGCAAGGUUACUUAGGAUCACCACCAAAUUGUCGACCAGAGUGUACGAUAAACCCAGAAUGCCCGAGCAAUCUCGCUUGCAUGCGAGAAAAAUGCCGGGAUCCAUGCCCCGGAUCUUGUGGAAUCGACGCUCAAUGCUCGGUUAUCAAUCAUACGCCGACUUGUUCGUGCCCAGAAAGGUUCACAGGAGAUCCCUUCACGCGCUGUGCACCAACACCUGGUGAGAAUCUUCAAAAGCCACCAUCGCCUACCGACCCUUGCAAUCCGUCACCUUGUGGAGCAAACACUAUCUGUCGAUCUGGCACAUGCAGCUGUAUACCUGAAUAUCAGGGAGAUCCUAAUAUCGGAUGUAGGCCAGAGUGCACUAUCAAUGAGGACUGCCCCAGGGAUAAGGCAUGCAAUAAUAAUAAAUGCAAGGACGUUUGCAUAGGAAUGUGUGGUGUUAAUGCACUUUGUAUUGCUACUAAUCACAUUGCUAUGUGCAGUUGUCCACCUGAAAUGAUCGGAAAUGCAUUUAUUGAGUGUUCACCAAUGCGGGGUAAUGUUCCUUUAAAAUAUGAAGUGAUCACGAAUCCAUGCAACCCUUCACCCUGUGGACCGUACAGCCACUGUCAAAAUGUCAAUGGCCACGCAGUCUGUAAAUGUGUAGAGACCUAUGUAGGAAGCCCCCCGACUUGCAGACCUGAAUGUAUCGUCAGCACAGAUUGUCCACCAUCAGAAGCCUGUAUCAAUCAGAGAUGUCAGAAUCCCUGUCUUGGAUCCUGCGGAUUGCGCGCCGAAUGUUCAGUGAUUAAUCAUAACGCCAUAUGCACGUGUCGAGAGGGCUUGACGGGAAAUCCAUUCACUGCGUGUACCCCUCUUCCUGAACCGAUCAAUCUCUGCGUCCCAUCGCCAUGUGGGCCGAAUUCACAAUGUCAAAUUGUUAAUAAAUCACCUUCGUGUUCUUGUCUUCCGGAAUUCUCAGGCAGUCCUCCCAAUUGCCGUCCUGAGUGUAUUGGCAAUAGCGAGUGCGAUAAUAGGCUUGCCUGUGUAAAUCAGAAGUGCAAAGACCCAUGUCCGGGAUCGUGUGGAAUCAACGCAGUAUGUCGGGUGUUCUCACACACUCCGAUGUGUCAUUGUGACAAUGGGUUCACAGGAGAUCCUUUUGUUCAAUGCAAUCCAGUCCAGAAUAAUCUUGAUCAAUCUCUUCAUUCCUUAGAUGAACCGAUAACUUCACCUUGCGAACCAACUCCCUGCGGUGCAAAUGCCGUAUGCAAAGAGCAAAAUUCUGCAGGAUCAUGCUCAUGUCUUCCCGAUUAUUUCGGAAAUCCUUACGAAGGAUGCAGACCUGAGUGCACUGUGAACACUGAUUGCGUUCCGAACAGAGCUUGUAUUAGAUCCAAGUGUAUGGACCCCUGUCCAGGAACUUGUGGUUCGAAUGCAAUUUGUCAAGUCGUCAAUCAUGCUCCCAUUUGCACGUGUCUGCAAGGGUUCACAGGAGAUCCUUCUAGAUUCUGUAGCGAAGCUCCUCGAGAUCCAAUUGUGACCCAGCAACCUUGCAAUCCAUCACCAUGUGGUCCCUACAGCCAAUGCCGUGAGGUUAAUGGACAAUCCGUAUGUUCUUGCCUCCCCAACUACACAGGAUCUCCACCAGCCUGUCGCCCUGAGUGCUCAGUCUCCUCCGAUUGCCCAUCAAACCGUGCAUGCUUGAACCAGAAAUGUAUUGAUCCAUGCCCUCGAACUUGUGCUCAAAACGCUGCAUGCAGGGUUAUCAAUCACAGUCCCAUAUGUUUCUGUAAUGAUGGAUAUACUGGAGAUCCAUUCACUCGUUGCUUCGUCUUAGAAGUUCCCAAACCACCAAGCGACAUCGACUUCCCCAGAGACCCCUGCCUUCCUUCACCCUGCGGGCCUAAUUCUAUCUGCCGCCCAGUUGGCAAUACACCCUCUUGCACCUGUCAACCAAAUUACUUUGGAUCGCCACCGAAUUGCCGACCGGAAUGUGUUAUCAAUCAAGAUUGCGGGAGCAAUGUAGCGUGUAUUAGAGGAAGAUGUAGGGAUCCGUGUCCAGGAUCUUGUGGGUUUGAUGCACAGUGCACAGUUGUUAAUCAUACACCUGCUUGCACGUGUCGUGAAGGAUUCACUGGUGAUCCAUUUACAGCAUGUCAGCCCAGACCACCUGAAUCUCCAGUUGAAACCGACCCCUGCAAUCCAUCCCCAUGUGGACCGAAUGCAAGAUGUGAUAAUGGCUUAUGCAGUUGCCUCCCUGAAUUCUUCGGUGACCCGACAAUCGGAUGUAGACCCGAGUGUCUCCUGAAUGGAGAUUGCUCGAGAGAUCUAGCUUGCAUGAACAAUAAAUGCAGAGACCCGUGCCCGGGAACUUGCGCCAGCAAUGCCAUAUGCCAAGUUAUUAAUCACAUUCCCAUGUGCAGUUGCCCACAGGGAUUCCAAGGCAAUGCCUUUGCAUUCUGCAAUCCUGUGCAAAUACCAUCCACAUCCUCACCCUGCAACCCAUCCCCCUGCGGACCAAACAGUCAGUGCCGAGAUAGAAAUGGAAUUUCAGUGUGCACUUGUGUUCCUGGAUUCCUCGGAAACCCACCCAACUGCCGUCCUGAGUGUUUAGUCAGUACUGAUUGCUCUCCAAGUGAAGCUUGCAUCAACCAAAAAUGCCAGAAUCCAUGUGUUGGAAUGUGUGGCAUUGGUGCACGUUGUGAAGUCAUUAGUCAUAAUCCAAUUUGUCAAUGUCCGCCGAGAUAUUCGGGAGAUCCUUUCGUCAGAUGCCAGAUUAUUCCGGAUACUCCUCCAACUCCAAUCAACCCCUGCCAACCGUCUCCCUGCGGCGCCAACGCCCUAUGCCAAGUCAUUGAUGACACACCAUCCUGCUCCUGUCAAUCAGAGUUCACAGGAAGUCCACCAAACUGCCGUCCUGAGUGCGUCAGCAAUAGCGAAUGUUCAUUAAACUUAGCCUGCACGAAUCAGAAAUGUCGCGAUCCCUGUCCCAACUCUUGCGGUCAGAAUGCUCAAUGCCGAGUUGUAUCACAUACGCCCACAUGUUUCUGUGAGUCCGGAUUCACAGGUGAUCCCUUUAUCCAGUGCAUUCAGAAGCCACUUCAAGAUAUCCCAGAACGUGUCAAUCCCUGUUUACCAUCACCGUGUGGGCCAAAUGCUAUCUGCACACAGAAAAAUCAGGCGGGUUCAUGCAUAUGUGAGACUGGUUAUUUCGGUAAUCCGUAUGAGGGUUGUCGACCGGAAUGUGUGAUCAAUUCCGAUUGUCAGUCGAAUCGAGCCUGCGUGAAUUCAAAAUGUGUCGAUCCAUGUUUGGGGACUUGUGGAAGCAAUGCGCAGUGUCAAGUGGUCAAUCAUAUUGCUCUCUGCACGUGUAUUCCCACUUUCACAGGUGAUCCUUACAGAUUUUGCUCUAGACAAGAGUCAAAUGAUUUCGCGCCAGAUAGUGCACGCCCCUGCACCGUCGCUCAGUGCGGCCCCAAUAGUCAAUGUAGGGAGAUAAAUAACAUUGCUGUCUGCUCAUGUUCACCCACUUACAUUGGGAGUCCACCGAACUGCAGACCAGAAUGUGUAUCCAGUUCGGAAUGUCCUACGAACCAAGCCUGUGAUAAUCAAAAAUGUGUCAAUCCCUGUCCAUCAUCUUGUGGGAUUAAUUCUGACUGUCGCGUCAUCAAUCAUUCUCCAUUGUGUAGUUGUAGCCCUGGAUACACUGGUGAUCCGUUCACUAGGUGUUUCCCACAGCCGCCAUCUCCACCAACCCCACCAACUCAACAAGAUCCAUGCAUCCCGUCACCCUGUGGCCCGAAUUCAGAGUGUCGAAACAUCCAAGGGGUAUCUGCAUGCUCGUGUCUACCAAACUUCGUCGGAAGUCCCCCGAACUGUCGUCCAGAAUGUAUGAUCCACUCUGAAUGUACAAGUAAUUUAGCUUGUAUCAGAGGAAAAUGUGGAGAUCCUUGUCCAGGAUCAUGUGGGAUCAGUGCUCUGUGCACUGUCAUCAACCACAACUCCGUCUGUACCUGUCCAGAAGGAUACACCGGGGAUCCAUUCUCAAAUUGUGUUUUAAGACCACCAGUGGAAGCCCCACCGGUGGAUGCCUGCAAUCCAACACCUUGUGGCCCCAAUUCCGCUUGCAAUAAUGGAAUCUGCACGUGUUUACCUGAGUACCAGGGUGAUCCCUAUUCAGGAUGUCGUCCGGAAUGUGUAAUGAAUACUGACUGUGCCUUCAAUCUUGCUUGUAAAAACAAUAAAUGCGUAGAUCCGUGUCAAGGAACUUGCGGACAAAAUGCCUUGUGCAAUGUGUUUAAUCACAUUCCCAUGUGCAAUUGUCCUGCAGGAAUGACUGGAAAUGCUUUCGCCAUUUGUACGCCUGUUCGUGUUCCUGACGUUGUCGAUCCUUGUAACCCAUCCCCGUGUGGACCAAAUAGUCAAUGUCGACAAAAUAAUGGCCAGGCUGCGUGUUCUUGCAUUUCGGGUUUCAUUGGCAAUCCGCCUAAUUGUCGUCCAGAGUGUAUUGUAUCAUCAGAAUGUUCUCUGAAUGAAGCCUGCGAUAAUCAGAAAUGUAGGAAUCCAUGUCUUGGGGCUUGCGGAAGACAGGCGGACUGCACCGUUAUCAAUCAUAAUCCAAUUUGCAGUUGUCCACCAGGACUCACUGGCGAUCCCUUCCUCCAGUGUCAAAGACUACCGGAGAGACCAUCGAUUCCGAUUGACCCAUGUCAGCCAACUCCAUGUGGCUCGAACUCCCAGUGUCAAGUGAUCAACGAUUCACCUUCUUGCUCUUGUCUCCCUGAUUUCACUGGCUCGCCACCCAACUGCAGACCAGAAUGCAUCAGCAAUUCUGAAUGUCCCAGUAAAUUCGCUUGCAUUAAUCAGAAAUGCAGAGAUCCAUGUCCAAACUCUUGCGGUGAAUUCGCCACUUGUCAUGUUGUUAGUCAUACUCCGAUGUGUGUGUGUCCAGUGGGAUUUACGGGAGACCCAUUCACCCAAUGUGUAAUACAACAAUUUGACGUGCAACCAGUCGCUACACACCCCUGCUCACCAUCACCUUGCGGCCCCAAUGCAGUUUGCGAAGAGAGAAAUAAUGCUGGCUCAUGUACUUGCUCACCAGGAUACGUCGGAAAUCCUUACGAGGGCUGCAGACCUGAAUGCGUUCUGAAUUCCGAUUGUCCCCAGAAUCUCGCGUGUAUGAAUUCGAAAUGCCGCGAUCCAUGUCCUGGUACUUGCGGACAAAAUGCGAACUGUCAAGUCAUCAAUCAUUUGCCCAAUUGUCUCUGCAUUCCGCAGUACAGUGGAGAUCCUUUCAGAUACUGUUCUCCCAUCCAACGUAAGAGGGAAAAUGUUGAUGUAUGCAGUCCAUCACCUUGCGGUCCUUUCAGUCAAUGUCGCGAUGUCAAUGGCCAAGCUGUUUGUUCGUGUUUACCAGGGUACAAUGGUAGACCACCGGGAUGCCGACCAGAAUGUACAACCAGUUCAGAAUGCCCCUCUGAUCGUGCUUGUGUCAAUCAGAAAUGUGUGAAUCCCUGUCCCACACCAUGUGGCCAACAAACGACAUGCAGAGUGCUCAAUCACAGCCCCAUUUGCAGUUGCAAUCCUGGUUUGACCGGUGAUCCAUUCACCAUGUGCUUUCCAACGCCGACACCUCCGAAAGUUUCAGAACAACCACGAGACCAGUGUAUCCCAUCACCUUGCGGUCCAAACGCUCAGUGUUACAAUGCCAAUGGCAAUCCCGUUUGCUCGUGCUCUCAAAAUUUCAUAGGAAGUCCACCAAACUGUAGACCGGAAUGUGUCAUUAACUCUGAGUGCUCGAGUAAUCUAGCCUGUAUCAACCAAAAAUGUAGAGACCCAUGUCCAGGUUCUUGUGGCUUGAAUGCCGUAUGUUCUGUCCACAAUCACGUGCCUAUUUGUGCGUGUUUGGAAGGCUAUACCGGCGAUGCAUUCACGGGAUGUCAGUAUAGGCCGCCUAGUGAACCAGUUGCUACAGAUCCCUGUAAUCCGUCACCAUGUGGUCCGAAUAGUCAAUGUCAUAACGGAAUUUGCUCAUGUCUGUCGGAGUAUAUUGGUGACCCGAAUGUUGGGUGCAGGCCUGAAUGUAUUCUGAAUAACGAGUGUCCUUUGGACAGAGCCUGUAUCAGGAAUAAAUGCAUUGAUCCUUGUCCCGGUACAUGCGGACAAAAUGCGCAAUGCAAUGUGUUCAAUCACAUUCCGAUGUGCAGUUGUCUACGGGGCAUGGCUGGCAAUGCGUUAGUGUCAUGUCAACCAGUUAUAGCUCUAGCAACUAUGAGACCUUGCACCCCAUCUCCCUGCGGUCCAAACAGCAUUUGCCGCGAGGUAAACGGUCAGGCAGUGUGUACCUGCGCACCUGAAUUCUUAGGGUCUCCACCCACUUGUCGACCCGAAUGUUUAGUCAGCUCAGACUGUCCUAGAAAUGAAGCGUGUACCAAUCAGAAAUGUCGAGACCCUUGUCGUGGAACUUGUGGUCGUAAUGCCCAGUGCCAAGUUAUCAAUCAUAAUCCUAUAUGUUCAUGUCCUGAGCGCUACACCGGAGACCCAUUCACCCACUGCUCCGUAACACGUAAGAAUAUCAUAAACCCUUGCCAACCAUCACCCUGCGGUCCCUACGCCCAGUGUCAAGUCGUUAACGACUCGCCAUCCUGCUCCUGUGAACCCCAAUACACCGGUUCACCACCAAAUUGCCGUCCCGAAUGCAUCAGUAACUCGGAAUGUCCCAGCAAUCAGGCGUGUGUCAAUCAGAAGUGUAGGGAUCCCUGUCCAAACUCAUGUGGCUCCAACACGGAAUGUCGGGUUGUUAGCCAUACACCAAUGUGUGUUUGUCUGACAGGAUUCACCGGUGAUCCGUUCACCGGCUGUUCAACAAUACCAUUUGUUCCACCAACGCCCGAUAAGCCAUUAGCGCCCUGUGUACCCUCGCCCUGUGGUGCCAAUGCCAUCUGUAAAGAAUCCAACAACGCUGGUUCAUGUACCUGUUUACCCGACUACAUUGGAAACCCAUACGAGGGAUGUAGACCUGAGUGUACCAUUGAUUCUGACUGUCCUUCAUACCAGAGUUGCAUCAGGUCAAAAUGCCGUGACCCCUGUCCCGGCGCCUGUGGCCAAAAUGCCGAAUGCAAUGCAAUCAAUCACUCACCCACAUGUACAUGCAGCCGAGGAUAUACCGGUGAUCCAUUUAGAUUCUGUACCCCCAUCGACACCACCGAAUUGGAUAGACCAAAAGAACCCUGUAAUCCGUCACCCUGCGGACCCAAUAGCCGAUGUAUUGAUAACAAUGGCCAAGCAGUAUGUACUUGCUUGUCGAAUCACAUUGGCACCCCACCAAAUUGCCGUCCCGAGUGCGUUUCAUCCUCCCAGUGCCCCAACCGUCUAGCAUGUGAUGAUCAAAGAUGUGUGAAUCCUUGUCCCGCACCCUGUGGACUCAACACCCAGUGCAAUGUUGUCAAUCACAGUCCCAUUUGCACCUGUAUGCCUGGUUACAGUGGAGAUCCCUUCACUAUCUGCAGUUCCAUACCAUCACUACCCGAGAGAGAUCCAGAUGUUAGUCGAGACCCAUGUGUGCCCUCACCCUGUGGCAGCUUCUCCAACUGUCGAAACAUUAACGGCGCCCCAGCUUGUAGCUGUCGUGAAGGUUACAUUGGCCAGCCUCCCAAUUGCCGUCCCGAGUGCAUCAUUAGUUCAGAGUGUCCAAGCGAUGAAGCCUGCAUAAACGAGAAAUGCCGGGAUCCAUGCCCUGGUUCGUGCGGUGUAGGAGCGCGUUGUUUUAUUUCUAAUCAUAUUCCCACGUGUAAUUGUCCGGAAGGUUUCACUGGUGAUCCAUUUACCAUCUGUAACUUGCUCCCGCAAAAACCAUGGGUCAAUGAGACACUUGACAGAUGCAACCCAUCCCCUUGUGGACCCAAUACUCAAUGUAAUAACGGCGAAUGCAGUUGCCUGCCAGAAUAUCAGGGAAAUCCCUAUGCAGGUUGUCGACCCGAGUGUGUACUCAAUGCUGAUUGCCCAAGGGAUAGAGCCUGCUUGAGAAACAGAUGCAGUGACCCAUGUCCCGGUGCCUGUGCCGAGAAUGGAGUUUGCACGGUUAUAAAUCGUGUCCCCAUGUGUAGUUGUCCCGAAGGCAUGACUGGUAAUGCUUUUAGUAGUUGCUCACCAAUUCAACAGAUUGUGCCGGAAAACCCCUGCAAUCCAUCACCCUGCGGUCCUAACAGCGAAUGUCGAGUGGUUAAUAGCCAAGGUGUCUGUUCAUGUCUCAGAGGGUAUAUUGGCAGUCCACCGACAUGUCGACCGGAAUGCAUUGUCAGCUCCGAUUGCCCGCAGAAUGAAGCCUGCAACAAUCAGAGGUGUAUAAAUCCUUGCCCGGGAACAUGUGGACACAAUGCCCUCUGUGCAGUUGUUGGACAUAAUCCAAUAUGCAGCUGUCCAGUGAGGUUCACUGGAGAUCCGUUUGUUUCUUGUACACCAAUAACCAAAAUCCCAACUGAACCAAGAGACCCAUGCUCACCCUCGCCCUGUGGUCCAAACGCCCAAUGUCAAGUGAUCAACAAUUCGCCAUCGUGUUCCUGCAAUCCAGAAUUCAUGGGAAGCCCACCAAACUGCCGUCCUGAAUGUGUUAGUAAUGGAGAUUGCUCGUCCCACCUUGCAUGUAUCAAUCAAAGGUGUAAGAACCCUUGCAGUGGUUCUUGUGGAGCUAAUGCAGAUUGCCAUGUUGUUAGUCAUACCCCAAUGUGUAGUUGUAUGAAUGGCUUCACUGGAGAUCCUUUCAGCCAAUGCAAUAUUGCACAGGCUCCUCCAAUAUCCACAAAACCAAACACACCCUGUGAGCCAUCACCCUGCGGUCACAAUGCAAUCUGUCGAGAGCAAAAUGGUGCAGGAUCUUGCUCCUGUUUACCCGAAUAUGUUGGCAACCCUUACGAAGGAUGUAGACCCGAAUGUACCGUGAAUUCCGAUUGCCCUGCCAAUCUAGCUUGUUUGAAUUCCAAGUGUAGAGAUCCAUGUCCUGGAACCUGUGGUUCCAAUGCCCUCUGCCGGGUUAUGAAUCAUUUGCCACAGUGUAAUUGUUACCAAGGAUACUCUGGCGAUCCAUUCCAAUUCUGCAGAAUAAUUCAAGAAUCAGUGCCAACUACGACAGAUCCAUGCAAUCCAUCACCUUGUGGAUCAAAUAGUCAGUGUCGAGUCAUCAAUGGGCAAUCCGUUUGCAGUUGUCAACCGGAAUACAUAGGAAGUCCACCGUCAUGUCGGCCAGAAUGCACCAGCAAUUCUGAAUGCUCGAGCAAUCGAGCUUGCGUCAAUCGUAAAUGUGCUGACCCAUGUCCGGGAACUUGUGGUUUCAAUACAAGAUGUGAAAUUAUAAAUCACAGUCCUAUAUGCUCGUGUCAAGCUGGCUUCACAGGUGAUCCCUUCGUAAACUGCUUCAAGAUGUCAGAGCCCCUACCACCAAUUAAUCAACCGACGUACACAAACCCUUGCGUACCCUCACCAUGUGGACCAAACUCCGAAUGUCGGGAUGUUAACGGCCAAGCCUCCUGUGCUUGCCAGCCUAAUUUCAGUGGGUCACCACCCAAUUGUCGGGCUGAGUGUGUCAUUAAUCCUGAUUGCCCGAGCAACCGUGCAUGCAUGCAAUCCAAGUGUCGCGAUCCUUGUCCCGGCUCUUGUGGAAUAAGUGCUGUGUGCGUUGUGAUGAAUCAUACUCCUAUCUGCAAUUGCCCGGAUGGAUUCACGGGGGAUCCGUUCACAAGAUGUGCCCCACAGCCACAAUUACCACCUGAACCCAAGCCAUCACCUUGUAGCCAAUGUGCUGCAAACACCCAGUGCCUGAACGAUCAGUGUAUUUGUAUGCCAGAGUUCCAAGGCAACCCCUACAUCGGAUGUCGACCAGAAUGUGUUUUGAACACAGACUGUUCAAGAGACCUCGCUUGUAUGAAUUCGAAAUGCCGUGAUCCAUGUCAGGGUACAUGUGGACAAAACGCCCUCUGCAGUGUCGUCAAUCAUAUUCCUAUCUGCACAUGUCCCUCGGGCAUGUCUGGCAAUGCAUUCUUCACUUGUUCCCCCGUGGAAGGUACAUCUGCCAUAUUUCAAUACACUUGCAACCCAUCCCCUUGCGGCUCAAACAGUCAAUGUCGAAAGAUCAAUGGCCAGGCGGUAUGUUCCUGUAUCCCCGGUUACCUAGGUGUCCCACCAAAUUGCCGACCUGAGUGCACUGUUUCCUCCGACUGCGUUCCCACCAUGGCAUGUAGCAAUCAGAAAUGCAUUGACCCAUGUCCCGGUACCUGUGGAAUGCGUGCACAAUGUCACGUUGUCAACCACAAUCCCAUCUGCGUCUGCCCACAGGAUUUCACGGGAAAUCCCUUCAUCACUUGUUCUCCAAUACCGAGAGACCCAGAGCCACCGAAAAACCCGUGCCAGCCCUCUCCUUGCGGUCCAAAUGCUCAAUGCCAAGUGAUCAAUAACUCUCCAUCCUGCUCAUGUGGCCCAGAAUUCCGGGGAACUCCACCGAACUGUCGGCCAGAAUGUGCAAGCAAUUCUGAGUGUCCCAACAACUUGGCUUGUAUCAAUCAGAAGUGUAGAGACCCAUGUCCGGGAUCAUGUGGAACAGAUGCUGAAUGCAAAGUUAUAAGUCACACACCCAUGUGUAUUUGUUUACCCGGAUACACUGGGGAUCCUUUCACCCAGUGUAAUAUGUCACCAAUGGAGCCCCCAGGGAAGGAUCAACCAACACCAUGUGUGCCAUCUCCCUGCGGGGCUAACGCCGUCUGCCGAGAGCAAUAUGGCGCGGGUGCUUGCACAUGCCUCCCUGAUUACAUCGGCAAUCCUUAUGAAGGUUGCAGACCAGAGUGUGUGGUGAAUUCAGAUUGUACAGCAGAUAGAGCUUGUAUCCGAUCAAAAUGUCAAGAUCCAUGCCCGGGAGCUUGCGGACAGGGCGCAAUAUGCCAAGUGGUGAAUCAUUUGCCAUCUUGUACUUGUCAAUCAGGCUACAGUGGUAAUCCCUUCAGCUUCUGCAGUGUCAUUCAGGAACCACCAACCCCAGAAGGAACCAGUCCCUGUCAACCUUCACCAUGUGGACCGAAUAGCCAGUGUCGGGAGACAAACGGCCAAGCUGUUUGCUCCUGUUCACCCGGUUUCACAGGAACACCACCUACCUGCCGUCCAGAGUGUACAGUGAGCUCGGAAUGCCCACUGAAUCGAGCCUGCAUAAACCAGAAAUGCGUAGAUCCAUGUCCUGGAAUAUGCGGAAUUAACGCUCGCUGCAACGUCAUUAAUCACAGUCCAUUCUGUGUAUGCAAUGCUGGACUCAUGGGCAAUCCCUUUGUGAGAUGCUUCGAAGUACCGGCUGCUCCCGAAGAACGGCCAGCUCAAAACCCCUGCAUUCCAUCACCAUGUGGACCCUUCGCAACGUGCCGUGAUGUCGGAGGAAUUCCUUCGUGCUCAUGUGAACAAAAUUACAUUGGAUCACCACCUAAUUGUCGACCAGAAUGUACCAUCAACGCGGAUUGUGUGAGUAAUCUUGCCUGUCUGAGGUCCAAGUGUUCUGACCCCUGCCCAGGAUCGUGUGGUGUUGGUGCUCAGUGCAGUGUCAUCAAUCACACACCAGUGUGCAAUUGUCCGGAGGGAUACACUGGAGAUCCCUUCACCAGUUGUUCACCAAUUCCUUAUCAACCACCUGUGCCGGAUGACCCGUGCAACCCAUCUCCAUGUGGAGCUAACGCUCAAUGUCGAGACGGCCAGUGUACAUGUCUACCUGAAUACCAAGGGGAUCCUUACAGAGGCUGUCGACCAGAAUGCGUUCAAAAUUCAGAAUGUCCUUUCAAUAAGGCAUGCAUUAACAACAAGUGCGGGGAUCCCUGUAGAGGGGUGUGUGGUCAGAACGCCGAGUGCAAUGUCAUUCAACAUAUUCCUAUGUGCAAUUGUCCUUCCGGGACUACUGGCAAUGCCUUCCAGGUUUGUAUCGCCGCCGAAGAACCGACUGUUACAGACCCCUGUAAUCCAUCACCUUGUGGACCGAACAGUCGUUGUCAGCAGACGAAUGGUCAAGCCACUUGUUCCUGCGUGGUAGGAUUCAUCGGUAGUCCUCCGGGGUGUCGUCCAGAAUGUGUUACCAAUUCUGAGUGCCCAUUGAAUCAAGCAUGUACUAAUCAAAAGUGUGUCGAUCCCUGUCAAGGCUCCUGCGGAGUCUCCGCACACUGUCAGGUCGUCAAUCACAAUCCGAUUUGCAGCUGUCCAGCAAGCUUCACUGGAGAUCCUUUCAUCAGAUGUACAAUCCAAGAGAGACCCCCUGAACCUCCUGUCCCGCAGAAUCCUUGUCAACCUUCUCCUUGUGGUUCUAAUGCGGAAUGUCGAGUUGUUAAUACCUCUCCCAGCUGCUCCUGUCUCCCAGAAUUCCUUGGGAAUCCACCAAACUGUCGCCCCGAAUGCGUUACCAACUCUGAUUGCGCAAGUGCGCAAGCUUGCAUCAACAGAAAAUGUCAAGAUCCAUGCAGGGGCGUAUGCGGAACUAAUGCCGAAUGCUUUGUUCUCAAUCAUGUACCGAGCUGUAGCUGCCAGCAGGGAUUCACUGGAGAUCCAUUUAUUCAGUGCACUGUUGUUCAAGGUCCCUCUUCCGAGUCAUCCCGCCAACCCUGCGCCUCAUCCCCUUGUGGCGCAAACGCCAUCUGCAGGGAACGCAAUGACGCUGGUUCUUGCAGUUGUCUCCCAGAUUACAUCGGCAAUCCUUACGAAGGAUGCAGACCAGAAUGUGUCAUCAAUACCGACUGCCCCGCGAAUCUCGCUUGUAUUAGAUCCAAGUGCCAGGAUCCCUGUCCUGGCACCUGCGGUAGCAACGCCAAUUGCCAAGUUGUAUCGCAUUUGCCUUCAUGUACUUGUGCUCCCAGUUACACUGGGAAUCCCUUCGUUUUUUGUAACUUGAUACCACAGAACGCCCCAGCCCCCACUGACCCCUGCAAUCCAUCGCCAUGCGGACCCAAUAGCAGAUGUCAAGUCAAUAACAACCAAGCGAUCUGUUCUUGUACCCCAGAAUUUAUUGGUAGUCCGCCAAAUUGCCGACCAGAAUGUACAGUCAGUUCUGAAUGUUCCGCGGCAUUAGCUUGUCUCAAUCAAAAGUGUCGUGACCCCUGUCCAGGGACAUGUGGAAACAAUGCCUCUUGUAGGGUCAUCAAUCACAGCCCGAUUUGCAGUUGUAAUCCCGGCAGUACGGGAGAUCCCUUCGUUCAAUGUUUCCCCAUGCUUCCUCCUACUGAGGGCCCACAAGACCCCUGCAGCUCCUCACCAUGCGGUCCAAACGCAAUCUGCAGGAAUAUCGGCAACUCGCCGUCCUGUGCCUGCAUAGAUAACUACAUAGGCUCCCCUCCGAAUUGCCGCCCCGAGUGUUCCAUCAAUCCUGAUUGUACCAGUGAUAAGGCUUGCAUAAGGGAGAAAUGCCGAGACCCUUGCCCUGGCUCUUGUGGUUUAUCCGCUAGAUGCGCGGUCGUCAAUCAUGUGCCGGUUUGUACAUGCCCCGAAGGAUUCACUGGAGAUCCGUUCACCAGUUGUCAACCCACACCUCCACCUGGAGAACGUAAGAUGAUUUUCACACGAGACCCUUGCAACCCCUCACCAUGUGGGGCAAAUGCCCAGUGCCAAAAUGGCGGAUGUUCAUGCCUCCCGGAGUACCUUGGCGAUCCUUACUUCGGUUGUCGACCAGAAUGUGUUACCAAUGAGGAGUGUCCAAGGAACCGAGCCUGUGUCAACCAGAAAUGCGUAGACCCUUGUCCAACAGCCUGUGGCAUUAAUGCAAUAUGCAAUAUGAUUAACCACCUCCCAAUGUGUAGUUGUCCUCAGGGUAUGUCAGGCAACGCCUUCAUCCAAUGCUCGGCAAUGGAUGAGCCCGCUGUAACAGAUUCCUGCAAUCCAUCGCCAUGUGGACCCAACAGCCAUUGUCGACCGAAUAACAACCAAGCUGUUUGCACAUGUAUACCAGGAUAUUUCGGUACUCCUCCAUCAUGCAGACCUGAAUGUGUCGUGUCCUCUGAUUGCCCAAGAGAUCGAGCAUGUAACACCCAGAAGUGCAUUGAUCCAUGUCUGGGGACCUGUGGAUUCAGCGCCCAGUGUGUUGUUAUCAAUCAUAAUCCCAUAUGCAGUUGUCCGAGUGGAAUGACUGGCGAUCCAUUCACCAGAUGUUUUUCAACACCUAGAGAUCCUGCACCUCCAACAGACCCCUGCCAACCAUCCCCCUGCGGUCCCAAUGCCCAAUGCAGAGUUGUCAAUAACUCUCCUUCCUGCUCAUGCUCACCACAAUUUGUAGGCAGCCCACCAAACUGCAAACCCGAGUGCAUAAGCAACUCUGAGUGCCCUUCUAAUCAAGCCUGUUACAAUCAGAAAUGCCGGGACCCGUGUCCAAGCUCUUGUGGAUCCAAUACUAACUGUGCCACAAUAAGCCAUACACCGAUGUGCUCUUGCAGUCCUGGAUUCACUGGCGAUCCAUUUGUACAAUGUAAUCGGGUAGAAAUCCCCCCUGUGCCAGUACCAAUGAACCCCUGCGUGCCAUCACCGUGUGGUGCCAAUGCCGUCUGUCGUGAGUCGUACGGCUCAGCCAUGUGCUCUUGUGCCCCAGAGUUCUAUGGAAAUCCAUACGAGGGUUGCAGACCCGAAUGUGUGAUUGACACAGAUUGCACAGCUAAUCAGGCCUGCAUCAGGUCAAAAUGUCAGAAUCCCUGUCUCGGAACAUGCGGUCAAAACGCCAUAUGUCAAGUCAUAAAUCACGUGCCAUCGUGUUCCUGUGAGAGGGGCUACAUGGGUGAUCCCUUCAGAUUCUGCCGGCCUGUCCAGCUAACUCCGAAUGUUCCUAAAAAUCCAUGUAACCCAUCACCAUGUGGACCCAACAGUCAAUGUCGUGUAUCCAACGAUCAGCCAAUUUGUACAUGUCAGCCUGAAUACACAGGGACCCCACCAUCCUGCCGUCCAGAAUGUAUUUCGAGCACAGAAUGCCCAUCCAAUCGUGCCUGUAUAAACCAAAAAUGCGCUGAUCCCUGUCCCGGCAUAUGUGGAAUUGGCGCUCGUUGUGAUACACGGAAUCACAGCCCCAUAUGCAGCUGCCCGCCGAAUCAGACGGGAGAUCCAUUCGUCAAGUGUUUCGAUGUCCCACCAAUGCCCAAGAAUCCUGUCAAUCCAUGUGUCCCGUCACCCUGUGGACCUUUCUCCAUCUGUCAGGAUAAUGCUGGAUACCCACUGUGCUCCUGCGUUCAGAAUUACAUCGGUACCCCUCCGAACUGUCGUCCAGAGUGCAGCAUCAACUCUGAGUGCAGUCAGAAUCAAGCAUGUAUCAGAGAAAAGUGUCGGGAUCCUUGCCCUGGAUCUUGCGGCACUAGUGCAUUCUGUGCCGUUGUCAAUCAUACUCCUGUCUGCACAUGUCCUGAGGGAUUCACUGGGGAUCCAUUCAGUACCUGCUUCCCUAAACCACAACCACCUCAACCUCCAACACCAAAGAACCCCUGCGACCCAUCCCCCUGCGGAACUAAUGCUCAAUGCCGUGAUGGCACCUGCACAUGCUUGCCUGAAUACCACGGUGACCCAUACUUCAGUUGUCAACCUGAAUGCGUUCAGAACUCAGACUGCCCUCUCAAUAGAGCCUGCUCCAACAACAAAUGCGUAGACCCAUGCCCCAAUAUUUGCGGACGCAAUGCUGAAUGCAAUGUUGUCAAUCACAUACCCAUGUGCAGUUGCAUCGCCGACUAUCGGGGAGAUCCUUUCUCCUCUUGUCAACCCAUUGAACAUCCCAAAGAGAAUCCUUGCGAGCCAUCACCCUGCGGUCCCAACUCAGCCUGUCGUCAAUUUGGUGAACAGGUGUCCUGUUCAUGCUUGCCUGGAUUCCUCGGUAACCCACCCAGCUGUCGACCUGAAUGUAUCGUGAGUUCUGAUUGCGAACAAAAUCGUGCCUGCAUCAGUCGACGUUGUCAAGAUCCCUGUGCUGGUGUGUGCGGACAGAACGCAUUGUGCGCAGUUAGAAAUCAUAAUCCAAUCUGCACGUGCCCCCAGAGAUAUGCGGGUGAUCCAUUCGUCCAAUGCUUCCCAAUGAGAGAACCCGAAGACGUGCCAAAGAAUUCCUGCAUUCCCUCGCCCUGUGGACCCAAUGCCAUCUGUACCACUGUAAACAAUGCACCUAAUUGCGUAUGCCAACCUGAAUUCUCUGGCUCACCACCAAACUGUAGACCAGAAUGUAGGAUCAAUAGUGAAUGUCCAAAUCAUCUUGCCUGCGUUAACAAUAAAUGCGCGGAUCCCUGUCCUGGUUCAUGCGGUAUAAACGCUGUUUGCCAGGUCUCCCAACAUCAGCCCUCGUGCAAUUGCCUGGAGGAUCACACUGGUGAUCCCUUCACCCUCUGUACUAUGAUACCGAAACGACCUCAGCCGCCAGUGCCGAAACGCCCUUGCGAUCCAUCACCCUGUGGUGCAAAUGCAUACUGCCGCGAGCAUUACGACACAGCCAUCUGCGAAUGCUGGCCAGACUACCGAGGAAAUCCGUACGAGGCCUGUCACCCAGAGUGUCUCGUCAACACAGACUGUCCGAACUCUCUGGCCUGCAUUCGCACGAGAUGCCAAGAUCCAUGCCCUGGUACCUGUGGAAUCGGUGCUGUCUGCACAGUCUCCAAUCACGUGCCAAUCUGCUCGUGUCCAUAUCCAUCAAUCGGUGAUGCAUUUACGCAGUGUCAAGUGCCACCCAGACAGCCGGAUACUCCAGACCCAUGCAAUCCAUCGCCGUGUGGACCAAACACAAUCUGCGAGAAGAUUGGUCAAGGUGUUUUAUGCAAGUGUCUUCCGGGUCUUCAGGGCGAGCCAUCUAGCCUCGCUGGAUGUCACCCAGAGUGCAUCGUCAGCUCUGACUGCCCCGGUGACAAAGCUUGUGAGAACACCAGAUGUGUAAAUCCCUGCACUCAGAAUAUUUGUGGUGUUGGAGCAACUUGCAGGGCCAUCAACCACAGUCCCCUCUGCAGCUGUCCACUACCACUCGUUGGAAAUCCAUUCGUCGAAUGUCGCAGGGAGGAACUGUCCGACCCCUGCAAUCCAUCACCUUGCAAUGUCAAUGGAGAAUGCAGAGUCCGCAACAACGUAGCCUUCUGCAUCUACCCAGAAUGUCUCAUCAACUCCGACUGUCCGAGAGACCGUGCCUGCUUCAAUCAACGUUGUCGUGAUCCUUGCAUAUACACAUGUGGCAUCAAUUCAAUCUGUCAAACCAUCAACCACAAGCCAGUCUGCUCUUGCCCAUCUGGCUUCACGGGAGAUCCAUACCUGCAGUGUAGAAUUGCAGACAUCGAAAUACCAAGACCUGAAUGUACGAGAAACUCAGAGUGCCCUAAUGACAAGACCUGCUGGGAGCAUCGAUGUGUUGAUCCUUGCAGCUUGGGAUCCUGUGGAAUCAACAGCAGGUGUCAGGUUCUCCUUCACCGCGCUGUUUGCGUGUGCAAUGAAGGCUUCACAGGGAAUCCCCAGCAGUACUGCCAGGAAAUUGGCUGCAGAAGCGAUCAGGAGUGCCCCCUGUCACAAUCCUGUGUCAAUCAAAAUUGCAUUGAUGUUUGUGGCAUCACUCAAUGCGGUCUUAAUGCAAUCUGUCAACCGAGUGGUUAUCACAGAUCGAUGUGUACAUGUCUCGAUGGUUACCACGGUGACCCGAAUCGCGCUUGCUAUCGACCCGAGUGCACAACCGACUCGGAAUGUCCAUCAUACCUCACCUGCAGGAACACCAAAUGUGUGGAUCCGUGCAAUUGCCCAUCGACAUCCCAGUGCUCCGUCAUCAACCAUCACGCAAUGUGCAGAUGUCCGACUGGAUACAAUGGAGAUGCUUCUGUGGGAUGUGUCAGAGAUGUGGAACCCAGUCCGGAAUGCAAUGUUGAUGCUGAUUGCCCGAGUCGACUCGCCUGUUUUGGUGGGACUUGUAAAGACCCUUGUAGGGAGACACAACCCUGCGUUACCAACGCUAAAUGCACAGUUGUUGAUACUCUCCCAAUGAGAACAAUGCUCUGCGAAUGUCUCACCAACUUCAUUGGGGACGCCACCAUUGCUUGUGCCCCGAUUGCUGGACAAAUCGAAAAACUGUGCACAUCCAACUCCGAAUGUCCUAUUAACAUGGCCUGUUUGAACUCUCACUGUAUCAAUCCGUGUACCAUAAAUCCUUGCUCCAGCAGGGCUGAAUGCAGGGUUGAGAAUCAUCAACACGUCUGCACGUGUCCUGAGGGCUACCUUGGAGAUGCCUUCACUGGUUGUUAUAGGGAUAACACACCUGUUCCCGAGUGCACUAGCAAUAACGAUUGCUCUUCCAAUCUGGCUUGUGUCAAUCAGUUGUGUCAGAACCCGUGCUCGAGUGAUAGGUGUGGCUUGAAUGCUGAUUGUAUCAUGAUUGAACAUCAUCCCACGUGUCAUUGCCCUCAGGGGUAUGCUGGAGACCCGCAGAACCAGUGCUUCAAACCGGAAUGCAAAGCAGACGAUGACUGCCCAUACGACAAAUCCUGUCGCAACGGCUACUGCGCAAAUCCCUGUCAUGUCGGUGAUGUUCACUGUGGCCGUGGCGCAGAAUGCCUUGUCGCUGGACAUCGUGCUCAGUGCACGUGUCCUCUAGGAACCCAGGGUGAUGCUCGUAUCGCCUGUAUCUCCUCUAUUUGCCAUUACAACGAAGACUGCCCAGAUCAUGAGGCUUGCGACCGCCUCAAUCGUGUCUGUCGUCCAGUCUGUGACGAGGAGACAUGCGCAGAAACAGCCACCUGUAUCCCCAAGAAUCAUCAACCGAAAUGUGUCUGUCCAGCCGGCACAACAGGCAACCCCUACAUCGAUUGCUUUGAACUGCCAUCUGACAAGCCAGAAUGUCGAUCUGAUUCCGAGUGUCCAUCCCUGUUAGCUUGCAUCAAUACACGCUGUCAGGAUCCCUGCGCAUUAUCAGACAUGUGUUCCCCAGAUCAACAGUGCCGAGUCCUGAAUACAGUUCCCCUUCGAACGAUGAUCUGUGAAUGUCCACCGGAAACCUUCACGAACAUUCACGGAAAAUGUCAGAAGAUCAUCUGGCACGACGUGCAAUGCCACACUGAUGACGAAUGCCCUGAUCAUGACAAGUGUCUCAACGGCAAUUGUGUCGAUGCCUGUCUGAUAACACGAUGUGGUUUCAAUGCUCAAUGUCGAUCAGAAUCACACACUGGAGUCUGUUUCUGCGCAGCUGAAUACACUGGUAACGCUUACAUCGAGUGUGCACUGAUGCCACGAGAGCCCUCACCUCCACCCCAGCCAGAGUGCUACGCAACCAGUGAAUGCCCGUCUGAUCGUCAAUGCAUCAACUCCAAAUGUGUUAAUCCAUGUGUGGCUGGAGAUCCUUGCGGUCGAAAUGCGUUAUGUCACGUUGAUGAUCACCACCCCAUCUGCAGGUGUCCUAUCGAUCAUUUGGGAGAUCCUAGAAUCGAGUGCAUUCCACCGAAAAUCACGCUUGGCUGUCUCUCCAACAGCGAGUGUGCUGGUACCGAAGCUUGCGUCAACAACCGCUGCAUCAACCCUUGUAACUGUGGCCAGAAUGCUGAAUGUCUUGUGGCUAAUCACUAUCCAUCGUGUGUAUGUCAUCCUGGUUACUCUGGAAAUCCUCAGCUGGGUUGCAGCAAGCUCCAAUGUGAAACUGAUCAUGAAUGUCCGUAUGAAGAAACCUGCCACCAAGGUCAAUGUGUCAGUCCAUGUCUCUUGGAUAAUCCCUGCGCCAUAAACGCAGAAUGUUACGGGAAGAAUCAUCGAUCGGCUUGCAGAUGUGGCUUAGGCUACUUUGGUAAUCCUGAAGUCAUCUGCGAGCGCGCAGAAUGCACAAGUGACUUCGAAUGCCCUCAGACCCUUGCAUGUGAGAACAAACGAUGUGUCGAUCCAUGCAACGAUAAAUCCCCCUGUGCAGCGAACGCCAUUUGCUUCGUCAGGGCGCACACACCGUUAUGCAAAUGUCCAGAGAGUUUGCCUAUUGGUAAUCCAUUUUCCUACUGCGAACGAAGACCGCCUACGAUUGAAGAGCCAGAGUGUCGGAAAGAUGUUGAUUGUCCAAGUCGACUGGCGUGCAUCAAGGAAACUUGCGUGGAUCCUUGUCUGACCAUCAGACCCUGCCUCGAGAAUGCUCGCUGUGGAGUUUUGGAUACAGUACCUGUGAGAACAAUGGUUUGCACUUGUCCUGAUGGCUGGAGGACAGAUACCGAUGGGUUCUGUCGGCCGAUAACUGUCGUUGGAACCUGUGCAUCAGACUCAGAAUGUCCUGACCAAGAGGCUUGUGUCAACCGUCGCUGUAGGGACCCCUGCAACUGCGGACGGAAUGCCAACUGCUUCGUCAAGAACCACAAGCCCAUUUGCUCGUGUCUCGAAGGGUACCAGGGUAAUCCCGAAGUUGCUUGCUACUCCCUGGAGUGUCAGAGAGAUUCUGAAUGCAUGCCUGAUAAGUCCUGCGUCAACAACAACUGUAUUAAUCCCUGUCUAUUCAACGAUCAAUGUGGAAUCAAUUCCGAGUGCCUGGCAGUUGAUCACCGAGCUGAUUGUCGCUGCAAGGAGGGAUACGUGGGGAAUCCCAGGGACAAGUGUCAGGUGAUCGGCUGUUACAGCAAUGGAGAUUGUCCAUCGGAUCGUUCCUGCAUCAAUCGACAAUGCAUUGAUCCUUGCCUCCAUGAAAAUCCAUGUGCCCACACCGCUGAGUGCCGAGUUCAUGUGCAUGUUCCCAUCUGCAGGUGUCUCCCUGGAUACGUUGGUAACCCCAAUGUUGAUUGUAGAGUCGAGCCACAACCGGAAUGCCGUGUGGACGGUGACUGCAAGACUUCGCAGGCAUGUUUCAACGAAAAAUGUCAGGAUCCUUGCACAAUCGUUGAACCCUGCAUAGCGCCAUCUGAAUGCCGGGUAUUACCAACAUUACCGGUCAGAACAAUGGUCUGUGUGUGUCCACCGGGCUACAUCAGCAGUGGAAGUGGCACCUGUGAACCAACAACACCAAUCGUUCCCAUCGGCUGUGUCAGGAAUGACGAUUGCGCAGCAGAUAGGUCCUGCAUCAACGGCGUCUGUAGAGACCCUUGCACCUGUGGCAGCAAUGCCCACUGCGAUAUCAUCGAUCAUAAGCCCAUCUGCUCCUGCAUCAGUGGAUACGAUGGUAACCCUGAUGUUGGGUGCUCCAGAAUGGUCGAAUGCAGAUCGAACGAUCAAUGCAGUGACACUCACGCUUGUGUUCAGAACACCUGCGUUCCAGCUUGUUCACCGACUCUAUCUCCAUGCGCUAAGGACGCAGUGUGCUACGGCAUCGAUCAUCAAGCAGUUUGUGAAUGUCCACCAGGAUUCGCUGGUAACCCCCGGGUGUCCUGCAAACCCCUCGGCUGUCGAAGCAACUCUGAUUGUCCGACCAAUCGCGCCUGCGUCAACAGCCAGUGCAUCAAUCCGUGCACCAAAAACCCAUGCACUGGACAAUUAGAAUGCAAUGUCCUUAAUCAUGCUGUUGAAUGUGCCUGUCCACCUGGAUACAUCGGGGAUAUCCUCACUGGUUGCACCAGAGUCAUCAAGAAAUGUAAACAGGAUUACGAGUGCCCAGCGCAGACAGCUUGCUUCGACGGGGAAUGCAUCAAUCCUUGCGAAAAGAUUGAACCCUGUGGAGUCAAUGCUGGUUGCAAAGUCCUGGAUACAAAACCAGUGAGGACAAUGAUCUGUGAGUGUCUACUGGGGUACAGAGGCAAUGCGGUUAUCAGGUGUGAUAAGACACAGGUGUGUCCCAUCGAGAAGGGACAGAUUAGAGAUCAGUACGGUAAUUGUAUAUGCCCACCAGGCACUGCCAAGAACGAGAUGGAUAUCUGCAUACCUUGUCGUCCGGAGACUGGUAUGAUCAUCACACCUGACGGUCGUUGCAUAUGCGCCCUUGAGAAAGGCUUCAUCAUCGAUGAAUUUGGAAGGUGUAUAUGCCCGGUGGAACAUGGGUACCAACUAGAUCGUUAUGGUAACUGCAAGCUGAUUCAGAUCAUCCAGUGCACCUCUGAUGACGACUGUCCGGAUGAUAAAUACUGUGAAAACGGAACGUGCGAGGAUCCCUGUAUCAAGCAGACAUGCGCUGCCUACGCCAUUUGUCUAGCAUCGAGACAUCGGGCCAUCUGCCAAUGCAUCAGUGGCUACAUUGGUGAUGGCUACAUCGUCUGUGGGCAUGAGCCGCCUGGCACUUUGAGAACAGACUUCCCGAAACCGGAGAUGGAAGCCAAUUGUUUGUCUGAUGGGGUCCAGGUGCAGAUACACGUGCAGCAUCAAGGGUUCGAUGGGGUCUUAUACGUUCGAGGAAGGAGUAAAGAGGAAGAGUGCAGGAGAGUUCUCUCCAUUCCUGCUGAUAAUACCGAUAAAACUGAAACGUUUAAAGUCAAGUUUGGCCAUUGCGGCUUGAUUCAUGUCAAUGGAGAAGCUAGCUUCGUCCUUGUCAUUCAAAAACAUCCGAAAUUGGUAACUUAUAAGGCACAAGCUUAUCACGUAAAGUGUAUCUAUCAGACUGGAGAGCAAAAUGUUACCCUGGGCUUCAAUGUCUCGAUGCUAACGACUGCGGGAACAAUUGCCAAUACUGGACCACCUCCGACCUGCGCCAUGAAAAUCGUUACUCAGACUGGAGAUUCUAUAGCUUCAGCAGAGAUUGGACAGAAUCUAAUGCUUCAGGUGGACGUCCAACCACCGUCGAUCUACGGAGGAUUCGCUAGGAACUGCGUGGCUAAGACCAUGGAGGAUAAUAAGGAGAAUGAGUACAUGGUGACGGAUGAAAAUGGUUGUGCCACGGAGCCAACGAUAUUCGGGGAGUGGAUGCAGGAUCCCGAAACACAGGCGCUCACUGCGAGCUUCAAUGCAUUCAAAUUUCCGAGCAGCGAUAAUAUCAGGUUCCAGUGUAACAUCAGGGUGUGCUUUGGGAGGUGCCAACCGGUCAACUGUCGUGGCUACAAUGCAUUCGGACGUAAAAGAAGAGACGUCGGAGAUGAAUACAACGACACAGCGCUAAGCAUAUCAGACAGUUACGACGGCCAGCUCAGAGAAGAAAUAACAAUUUCCUCGAAUCUAAUAAAAACAGUAGAGAGAAGAGAAGAAAGAUAUACAGCAGAUCUUGCUGAAUUACCCGCAGCUCAGAGAGCUGAAGACAUAUGUGUAUCCAUGGUUGGUUUCAUAAUUUCCCUUGUUAUAACGGCGCUGUUGGCCCUUGUUGCCGUUGCCAUUGCCGUAUCAUGUUGGCUAAUGGCAUAUAGAAGACAGCCAAAGACUGCCGGACCACUGCCACAUCCCCCUGAAUUUCCAAAUCCACUAUUCACAACUGAAUCAGUUGCUGAACCCUCACCCGACUAUCAUCUCUCAUGAGACAACUCGAUGGAGAAAAAAAAAGGAAUCAUCGAGGGGUCAAUUUAAAACAAAAUCACCCAUUUUUUUUUUUUUGUUAAUCGAAGUAAUUUUAGGAUAAUUAAUUUUAUACGAGGAAUGCAUUCCCGACCACCACGUCCUAAAACUGGUCGGCUGUGUAUUUCGGAAACGCAUCUCCUCCAGUGACUAAUUGUCGUAGUUUUUUUUCUCGUGUUAUUUUUUACACGCUCUUCUGUGGGACAAAAAUUUAUCGACUUUUAAUCUUUGACUGAUAUGGUGCUCAGAACGGAGAAAGCCUGAUAACGGGAAAAAAUCAAUUAAAUUUUAUGUCUAUUUUUAUGAAUGGUGACGGUCUUCUUCCACUUUUCUGUCCACGAGGGAAAAGACUCUGAUACUUUGUUUCUCUUCUUGUAGUUUUUUUUGUCUCUGUCUCUAGUCAGUGGAGGACUUGUUUAAUAUAUUAAAUGAAUUUAUAUAUACAUAUAAAUAAAUAAAAUGAAUAAUUUUAACUUGUAAAGUCAACAUGAAAAUGAUAGUCUAAUGUAGCUUUUUUCUAUUGAAGAUUAGG